CCGCGGCGGUGGUUGCGGCGGCGGCGGCGGCGGCGGACGCGGCCGAAUGAUCGACGGUGGACGGGGGCCACGUCAUGGAGAAGCCAAGUGAGUAUUUAGUUUAAUUUUUUCGUUGUUAUUUUGCGGUCCGCCGGGCCGGUUAUGACCGCGGGUAAUUAACACGCGACACCUAUAAUACGCCGCCGCGGGAAACGGACGGUCGUGCGAACCGGUGAGUCGGCCCGUCGCCAGCUGCCCGGGCGCUCGUCGCGUCGUUAUGGGUGUGCAGCGGGGUGCGGCAUUGGGGAGGGUAUACGAGGGGGACGUGCACGUUCGUAUUUUACAGGGUGUACCACGUUUGCGAACAAUGAACAUGAACGGUUUGCACAUUGGGUAUUCCACGUCGAGUGGAAAAUCAUCAACUGCAGUAUAGGAGCAAACGCGUUGUAGUUUAAACGGACAGUCAAUAGAUGUCUGUACUGAUUGACAGGUUUUGGGUUUUUUUUUUUUUCAUUCCUAUAAAACCGUUAUGAAUUCGAUCGGCAAAGUCACUGAACCUAUUUCGGUAAUAAAGAGACGCGAUCCGGUAUGCGUAUUAUUUACGUGCUGUAUAGGCGACAAAACGGGAAACGUUUUGGGCGACCGACGGGGGAGUUUUCUUUUCCCCGGGCGUUUCGGGGCGGGAGCCAAAAAUCGAUCAUCUACCGCCGAAAGUGACGUAACCGUAUCCCUCCCCCUCUCCUCACUUCCACUCCCCCGCCCCAUCGCCCUCCUCUCCCUCCCCUCACUUCCACUUCCCCAUCCUAUCUCCCUCCCCCUCCCCCCUCAUCUCCCCCUCAAACUCCUCCCCUCCUCCCUCAUCACCCCCUCAAACUCCUCCCCCUCCCCCCUCUCCUCGUCGAUUGUAUUUUUAUCAAUUUCGUGUUACCGUUACUAUUAUUUACGUGGCAUAUUUUCAAGUGCCAUAUUUAAACGGAAUCGAGGAGAUUAAUGCGCCAACGCGGAAUUUCGGGUUUGUUCAUCCCUUUCCAACCCCCUCCCCCCCUCCGUCGAGAAAUCCAGACUGCGCCACUGUGUCCCCCCGUUCAAUAAGACGGUUCUCGGCCAAUGGCGGAAUUCCCGUACGACACUCGUGUUAUUUUUUUUUUUUUUAAGCGAAAAUUUAUCGCGGCGAGUUUAGGUUAGACUGACGUGCUACCGCCGACAGACGGCGCAUAAUAAUUUAUAACGCGGUUAGGUAAACAUCGUGUAGAAAGCGUUUUAUACCUAUAAUAGCCGCCGCGGGUUUAUCGAUUUACAGUGCACUUGAAUGCGAAUGCAUACGUAUAUACGUUAUACUUGUAAUUAUUGUACACACGUACACACACUUGUUACGAAUGUUCCGGACGAACUCGUUUCUUGCAGAGAGAAACAAAAAUUAAAAACCAUUUAAUAUUAAAUAAAAACAACUCUUCACGCCUUUCCCGGGACGCCGGAAGUAAAUCGAAUGUCGAUCGCGUUUUGCGGACGGAGAAUAUAGGUAGGUACGUAUAAUAUUAUAUACAAUAUAUUAUUAUUAUAGUUUUACUCACGCGUCUGAAACAAUCUCGCCGCACUAUCAGAACGGCGGGGGUAUUGGUGUAGACUAACGCGAAAAUCAGCGUUUUUAAAAAAAAAAAAAAAAAAAAAAACAAGUUUUAAAACGAUUUCGUGCAUUUUUUUAAACACUCCGAGUGCGUACGAAAGAGUACGCGGUGUCGAUUAUUAUUAUCGAUGAUAUAAUCGUCACACUCUUUUGGAUUUAUGUAGUUUACGGACAAAACUAUACGAAUUCUCGCGUACGAAUUUACCUAUUUGUCUCGUAGUUCAUACGCCGGCGUAUCUGCUGACCGACUAUUAUUUGAAUUAUUAACGCAAUAGAGUAUAGUUUAUAUUAUUUUUAGAUAACACACCGAUUGCGUAUUAUCUCCCGUAAUGCUUGAUCGUGUUCACCCGUUUAACUUACUUCGUUUUUUCAAUACAAAAAAAUACGAAAUUGUGCGGUAAAUAACAUCGGUUUUACCGCGUUAGUACAAUUCGAAAUCGCAUAUUUCGAGUUACUAUUUCUGCAUUACACCGAGUUUUGAUAGUGCGUUAUAUAUUAUUUCUCGAACAAGAUGGCGGCUUUUUUUUUUCGGUAAGCGGCUCCCUUUCCACCCAACGGAAAUCGAUAAACGCAAAGGCACCAUUUUAAAGAUUCCCGCUCGUGGAAAAUUUUCGCUUCGCUCACUACCCAAUUAGAGACAUAAUAUUUGUAACGUGUUUUCUGGCUAGACUUGAAUUUGCGUCACGAUUCACGACUGUUGUAAGAAUGCAACGUAAAUCCGUUGCUAGGGAAAUCGGUAACUAUCGAAACCCAGCUAGUAUUCUUGUGAGGAGGGUUCGAUGUUUAGCGUGUUUUUAAAAUGUUAAGUGUUCGCACGGUCCCGCUAGUAAAUAUGACGUACCUAUUAAUUAUUAAUAUUUUAUCAUUCUACCGGAUCUUUCCUACGCCCCUCCCCCUCCAUUAUCGAUUUAUACUAAUACAAAUUGUUAAAUGCAUAUAAACAGCUUACACAACGAUAGAAUGUUCCGAUCAUUUUACCACGUCUAGAAGAGCUUAAUUAACAUGAAUGGUCUCUGAAAAUUUCAAGUUUAAUCUACGAUUUUCUUCAUCCCAAUUACAACAACAACAAAAAGACACAAACCUGAAUCGGAAUUAAUGAAACCGUUAUUGCCGUACAUUUUACCGUUUUAUCUACGUUUCUUUCUCAAUUAUUAGGAAAAUCAAAAAAAAUGUCCAAAAAACCGUCAACUGUGUAGAUACAAUUUUAUUUCAGAAAAAACGCUACGUGUUAAAAUCAAUUAAUACAAUUAUAACUAUGACGUCACGUCUGGUACAUUGUAUUGAUAUAUUAUAUUUCCUAUUGGAAUACUGCAUUAAUGUUAAUAUACUGUACAGUUAAAAUAUUUGAUUUUACGAUUUUUCAAGAAACGCAAGUGUGUUGUUACAUUGUUGUAGUUACGACGGGCAGGUGUUCUUUCGCGCAGCAAUACCAGUUUCUUUUAAAUAAUAUAUAGUUUUAUUCACCCCAAAUGGAAAACGCGAAACGUAAAAUCAAUACUCUUGCUGGUACUACAAUAUAUGUAUCGACUAUGGGGACAAUGGACGCGCUCCUUUUGGUUUUGCUUUUGUCGUCAUUGAUGACUAAUAUUUUAUACACCGUAUUUUUGUUCACUAAAUAAUAUUACGUAAUUUUAUAUCAGUGUGGUUAUUACACGGGGCCGUAAAUUGCGGUGGGAGGGUGAUUAAAAAAAAAAAAAAAAAAAAAAAUUAACACUCAUAACCGUUUACUUCGAAAUUUACACAAUAACACCUAUAAUAUACAGGACUCAUGUGUACGUUUCAUUAUUGUUCCAUUUUGGAGUGAAAAUUUCGGCAGGUUCCGGGCCUUCCCUUUCCCCAGAUACAGCCUUGUAUUAGCUAAUACCUAAUUAGAAUAAAUUAUUAUUAAUAAUUAAAGAAGUGUAAUUUUUUUUUUUAUCCGAGGUCAAUUAGUAAUUUUUGCUACUGAUAAUAUGUUUACAUAUUUACGUAACAAUAUUAUUUUUAGAUACGAAUCUUGAAACUUGAGUAACGCGUGUUUAAUCCGUAAAAAACCAUUUCGAUUUUUUCUUUUUACUUUCCAAAACUACACCUAUUCGAUUAUAACAUAUAUAGCAAUCCGUACGAAUAAUAUUUUUACACGAGUUCCUAAUAUUAUGCUCGUUUAUUUAACUCGUAACGGCACGGCGUGGCAGAGGCGUGACCAAAAUAAUACUACUCGUACUGAUACGUAAUGCAAAAUAAUAUUUUGCGGUUAAUUUAUAGAGUAUGAAACGUUCGUAUUUUAUUUAAGUAUAAUAUUAAAAAAAAAAAAAUCAUUUAAAUAAGUAUAACGUAUCUACGUCCUGUUACCGACAUACGGUUCGUGUAGAAUAAAGGAUAAUACAAUUCGAUUUUAUGUAUACAUAUAGGUAUUAAUAAUUUAAAUUGCGAACUAAUUCAAAAUCUUAGUGCAAUAACUUAGAUAACUCCACUUUUUUUACUAAAUGCAAUUUUAUAAGACAUUUUAUUUAAAGAGAACAAUUAUCUAUAUUUGGGUACAACAAUCAGAUGAUUUCGAUAGGUAUAAUUAUAGUAUUAUAGUUUUAGAAUCAGAGAAAUCUAAUACUAUCUGAUAUGUUUCGGAACAAAUAUUGAUGCAAUACACAGAAAAAAAAAUAAAACCUGUUUUUUUAUCGUUCCUGAACAAUUUCAUGAAGUGGAGAUAUCAGUUGGUAUCUGGUGUUCAAUCUCAAUUAAAACAUUUUUAUUUCGUUACCUAUUUGCUUUCGAUCUGCAGUUUUAAGGCACUUUUUUCUUUUGUCCAUUGCUCUGUUUAACUAUUAAUUAUAAAAUGAUAGGUAUACUAAUACUACUAUAAUACAAUUUACAAUAUUAUCCAAAUCUGGCAAAGUAAUUUUUAAAACUAACCAGAAAAUAAAAUGAAGUAAAUAUCAAGAAAUAGAUUGUGUCUGAACGGAAAUUAUUAAUUAUAAUGAUACGUAUAUUUUAUUAUGCGUUUACACGCAAGAAAUUCAAUCAUUUUUUUAACAAUUAUAUGGAUUCGAAUGAUCAAAUAAAUUUUAUUUCUGUUACGAUUAUUGAUCAUAUUCUGUUAAAGUUUAUACGUAUACCUAUUAAAUUUAGAAGGUGUCUAAAUUAGUCUAAAUUAAUAAGAGUAAAUAUAUAUACAUAUUUAUUUCAUCUGGCGUACAGUGGUGUAUUUUUAACGUUUUCAUAUAGGAGAGGGGAGGAAUCAAGGUAAUUUUCCAAUAAAAGAGCCGCGAGGUUCAAUACGAACAAAUUAUUUUGAGAUUUAUAAUAAUAAAUAGGUAUCUAUCUAAGAUAUUCUAUAUAUUUUUUUAAUAUUAUAAUAUGUAUAUAUAUAUAAUAAUUCUAAGAUACUUUUAAAUAUAACCAUGUAACGUGGAAUAAGCUUAUUAUCUCAUACCCUAAACAAAAUAUUAAAUGAUUCGAAAUAACCAUCGCACUUUACUCUUCCCCUAUUCACAUAUUUCCGGGGCUGAGCAAUUUAAUUAUGAAAGCGACUGGAAGUUAAUAACAUAUUGUAACUAUACUGUAACUUAAUUAUAUCCGCAAUAUAACACUAAAUCUAAUUUUCUUUUCAUUAAACUUUGCUCGUCGAUAACCUCACCCGAUGAAAUUUGAAUGGUUCGAUGACAUGACAAUAGAGGAAAAUAGUAAAAACGAUACAUAAUGUAGGUACCCAAUCUAAUAAUAUGAACGAACACUAUCACCUACAGGCUAUAUCGCAUACGAUAAUACAAUUUAUAAUAAUUGUGUUUUAAAGUUUAUGGCCAUAGUACAUAUAGAAAAAUAUGGAGCGGUUAGGUUAGGUCAUACUUCUUAAUUCGCAAUGACUACAAUAAUUACCAUUUGUUCAGCCACGAUCCGUAGGGGGAAUUCAUCUUUUUCAUCCUACUUGUUAAAAUGACAUCACUAACGGCGAGGAUACAUUGUCAACAAAUAUUUCAUACGCUUAGGUUAUUGUUUUAAAUUAAAUUUAAAAAAAAUAAUAAUAAAAACGUCCAAGAAUGAUUAACAUUUGUGUAUAGGUUAAUAAUCCGAUUUUCAAUUAAAAUAUUAAUCAAAAUAAUGUUGGUAACCAAAUCGUUUUAUGUUUGCAACGGUUUCUCGUACUAGGCUAGCCGCAAGUUUAAAUCCGUUUUCGGCAACGAUGUCGAACGCAAGGAUUGUCGUCAGUAUGUUUUUCACACUUUCAAUAUCGAUGCGGAUCUAUCCGAAGACAACGGCCAAAGAAAAAACGUCUCGUCGCGAUUCAUACGAAUGCUUUUGCUCAAUUCCUUAGUCCCGGUUUCGCGUUUCCGUUUUAAAUAUUUAGGGGUACAAUUUCCAUAAAACGGAUUGACAUACACCCAACAUAACGGAGACGCGAAACCGGUUCUAUGGAGUAGAGUUCUGACAACAAUGAUACUUUAUCAAAACGUGUAUUAUGAAAACGUCUCUAAUAACCACUGUAAUUCUCAAUUUUUUUAACGACUCCCCUAAAUUUAUUCUGUACACUAUUAUUAUAGUCGCCGUUAAAUUAAUUUCUCGAUUACAUUAUUUGUAAAUUAUUAUUGUUUAAUAUAAUUUAUUAUUUAUUAUUGUUUAAUUAUGAUUACGAUUUUAUUGUGAUAUUGAUAUUGUAUAAUGUUUUGUAUUAUUUAUUAUUAAGUAUAUAUUUUAUGUAUUGGUAUUUUUAGCAAUAACAGCAUACAUUGCAUUGUUAAUCUUUUAAAAAAAUUAUUAGUUUUUUGUAUAUUACAUUCAAUAAUAAUAACUUAUUAAGUACUUACGUAAUGUUUAUUUUGAAAACUAUUGAUCCAUUUUGUUUAACUAUUAAUUUGUACGUAAUAAUAUACAGAUAAUUUGUUACCGACAAUCUUGACAAUAAUUAGGAAAUUAUAAAGAUUCUUAAUAGAUAAGGUUAAUUUUCUAGAAACAUUCAUGAAUUUCGGUAAAAUAUAUUUAUUGGAAAAAACCUCGAUAUUUUAUAAUAAUCUGACCACGGGAGGCGAGUAGUAUGAUUAUAUAAUAAUAAUAACAUCCAAAACGUAUUAAAAUUUGUGCAAGUUCUAUUAAUUUUUUGAAGGAAGUACAUCUAUAUUUUAUUUUAAUUGCACGUUUUAUAAUUCCGUUAGAAACAUAGUAUAAUUUAUUUAAAACCUAUUUUUAUACAUAAGUGUCCGUGUAAAAUCUGUUAUUUAUUACAAUGUUUACUAUCAGCAAAUUGUCUUUUCUAUUUUUAUAUCCUAUAUAUUAUAACUUAUAAAAUGAAGAGUAUAAUAUGAUUCAAAUUAGGAAAAACUAAUUGCUAAUAUAUUGCGUUGUUCAUGAACCAUUACCGUAGACAUAUAAUAUAAUUAUAUAUCUAUGAUCCAUUAUUCAUAAGUACUAUCUGAUUAUACAAUACUUUUUAAGAAUUUAUAGGAAACUAAUCAUCAUUGUUGUUAAGUAUAAUUUUGUAAUGUUCAAAGAUUUAGGACUUAGAUGUUAAUGUAAAUUAUAUGUUAACUUAAGAAUAUAAAGCCUGAGCUAACUUAAUUGUAAAGUCAAAGAUAAUUAAUAAAUAUUAUAAUACCUACUUGUUUACAGUUGUAACGAUUAUUGCUAAAUAUCUAUAAGGUACACUUUUUACAAUGUUUACAAUUUUGAUUUCUAUUUAAUUUUGAUAUUUACUCACAUAAUUGUAUAUAAGUAAAGUGGCAUAUUUGAGGGGGGUGGUUACUUCUAUCACUCUCCCGUCACCGAGAGCUUUAAAAUAACAAUAAAAUAAAUAAUAACACAAAUAAAUCAAUAAAACUAUUACAAGUAUUUUUUACUUUUCUUAAUAAUAAGGGAAUCCGGAAAAAACGGGAUAACGGUUUCUGUUAAAAUCGAUUUUAUUUUAUUUGUUAUGUACCUAAUUCAAUAUUGCGUAUUCCAGUUGACCCGAAAUUUUCUUUGGAGACUUAAAUUAGUACUACCUAUAUAGGUAUUAUAUUAGUACUAAUAUGUUUAUAUUAUUACUAUUAUAUAAUUACUAUAUUGGUACAAUUUCAAAAAUAUUCUGGCGUUGUUUAAGUUGUUUAUAGCUAAAAUUUAAGGUUAUAAGUGAAUAUAAUUUUUGUGUUCUCAAAAAUUAUCGAAUAUACUAGAUUCAUUAUAAGUUGUACUUCGUGAUAAAAAAAAAAGUAAGCCUAUGAAGUGGUUAUUUUUUUAUAAGCGUUUCAGGUUCAAAUUUAUGAUAAAAUUCGUUUAAAACAAAUUUAAUUUAUUUAGGUAUUAGUUACGAAUUAAUACAAAUUUAAAUUUAUCAGCAAAUUUUCAACCGAACUUUGCUCUGAAUCGUUGGUAAUAUGUUAUCAUUGCACACAGUAAUACCUAAACCAAAUUAUCUGGGUAAAACUUAGGGGUGAUUUACCAAUUUUUUGACUUCCAUUGGCUGACUCCCAGUUUCUAACUCCUAAUUCGCCGACCAUCAGAUUCACCUUGUUUUAAUAAAAUUAAUUGGCAUGGAAAUUUACAUCACUAUAAUUAUAUCAAUCAAUAUUAGUUAUAUUUCGAAAAAACAAUUAAUAAUCAAGGAAAUUUAAUAAUUUCAAAUUAAAAUGUAUUAAAAAAAAAUAUACCAUUUUAUAUACCUUCAAUAAUAAUAAUAAAAAAAAAUAUAUACAAAGUAGUAUCAACAUACUCAAUGUUAUUUCAAUAUCUUUUAACCUGAAAUAUAUAUAUAAAUAUAAAAUAUAAAAAAAACAACCAACUAAAAUCAUAAUUUUUAUCUAAUAACCACAGCGGCCAGUAGACUUUAUAGUUAUUUAUAUAACUAGCUAAAUAAUAAUAUAAUAAUUAAUACUUAUAUUGAUCGACAUUAAUAAUUGUGUGAUAGGUACAACGGCAAUAAAACUGAUUUGUUAGAUAGUAGAUAGUGAAAUUUACUUUUAUAAAAAUUGCCAUAUCAUAAGUUAGAGCACAAUUGCUAGUAGAAAAAAAAUAAAUUUCUUUAUUCCACUCAGAAUUUAAAAUUAUUCAGGGAAUCAAUCAUUAAUUUAAAAUUAAUACUUAUUAAACAAUUUUCGUAGGUACUUUUAUUAAUGUUACCAUUUUUAAAGCAUUAAAAAAAAAAAACAGAGGGAUACUCUAACUUAAUUUAUAUAAUAAAAAAUACAUAAUAAUAACAACAAUGAUCAGAUAAAAUAUUAAAUACCUAAAUCAUUAAAAGUAUACUAUACAAAAUAUUACUUAGAGCCUUGUAUUUUACAGGUGAAGUUUUGUGAGAUGGUCAAAGAAACACACAAAUUAUAUUGAAUUAAAUUAAUAAUGUGUCCAUUCGAAUAAAAAAAUUAGUAAAACUCGGUUGUAAAUUUCUAAAACACGCCUAACAAAGUCUCGACGUGUCCGAGUCGAGUGGGUAAACCAUUCUUCUUUUUUUAAAACAAAAUAUUGUUAUUGUUGAUACGUUUAAUGUAAAAAAUGAAGUUCAUUUAGCAUAUGCGUGCUCACAGAGGUUCAUGGGGUUUAAACUCUCUCAUUGGCCGUUUUUUUUCAAUAAAUUCGUUUUAAAUUUGUAAUGGAUGUGAAAAUGUAUUGUCUCAUCAUAUAGUUUAUAUUUAUAAUUACAAUAUAAAUAUAUUUGUUGUAGAAAAUAAUUAUUGAUAAAUUAUUAAAAAUAAAAAGUGCAUUAAAUUUUGCAUUUUUAUUUGUUUAGUUUCUAAGUAUAGAAUAAUGUAUUGGUUAUACAAAGAUGUUUAUUUUUUAAUUUUUUUUUUUUAUGUUAACACUUUUUCUACCAGAAUGAUUUCUCGGAUGUCCAAGUAUAGCACAUUUUCUUUCAGAAAAUGUUUUUUUGGUGGUACUUUAAAGAGUUCGUUUAUUGAAAUUCUCAUUAAUAUACAAAAUAAUGAGGAAAAUCCGGUUUUUUAGGUUAAAAAAGAUUGAAAGAUUAAAAAUUAGGUUGUCAUUGGCAACCGUUUUUAUUUAUUUUUUGUUAAUAUUAAGUUUUUAUUAUUUUAAACUUUUUUAAACAAUCAUUGUUAUCAUGGAAACGCAUCGUUGUAAUUACUUUACAAUACAUCGCUUGUGUGCGCAGCCACUGUUAUAAGUAGGAAGUUGGGAAGGUAGGAUACACUAUUACUAACGAAAAAACGAUUCUGAGCUGAGUUCAGUUGAUUUUAUUGUUUUUUCAACAAUAUAUAUGUCAUAUUAUAGUAAAAUAAUUACAACGAUGUUCGUUUUCAUGACACCAAUGAUUAUUUAAAAAAGAUUAAAAUAAUAAAAAGUUAAUAAUAACAAAAAAUAAAUAAAAAUGGUUGCCAAUGAUAACCUUAUUUUUAAUCUUCCAAUCUUGUUUAACUUAAAGAACCAGGUUUUCCUCAUUAUUUCGAAUAUUAAUGAGAAUUUCAAAAAAUUAUUUUUUUAAAGUAUCAUGUUUUUAGAGAACAUUUCCUUUCAGAAAAGAUGCUAUACUUGAUAAUCAGAUUAUAUUUUCUAGUAGAAAAAGUAUUCACAUAAAAAAAAAUAAACAUCAAUUGUAAAACCAAUAUAUUUUUUGCUCCACUCAGAAUCUAAAAUAAUAUUAAAAAGAAAUAAUAAUUCAUGAAUCGUCUUAUUAAAAAAUAUGUCCACCUCUGCAACCAUCACAACCGACAAAUUCAGAAACAACCAUCAAUUAUUAUAUUAUUCUAACAUAUUAAUAUCUGACAAGGCUCCUGUCGAUAUUUUAUUUCUAAUGUAAAAAAAAAUUAAAUGAAGUGAAUAAUAUUUAAAAGUAUCAAAAAUUGUAUUAUAAAUGAGGAAAAUCAACAAAAUUGCAAUCAAAUUGAAAAAGUUACACUAAAAAUUCUAGUUCGUAUUUGCAAGGAACAAAUUUAUAUCUUACUUAGCAAUAAAUUCAAACAAUAGAAAAAAAGGUGCAAAUACAACAACUUCCGAGCCCCUAUAAGUCAUAAGCUUAGUAUAAUAAUUUGUUUGGUUUUUGAAAAACGAUAAAAUACUUUGAUUUUUUCUUUUAUCGCUCAUUUUAAAUACAAUUUUUAAUUUGUAAUGAUAGUCAUAAAGAAUCUACAAUUUAAUAAGUUGCGAAAAUUCAAAAGUAAUAACUAAAUAGGAGCAUGCAACUGAUAACUUAUAAUUAAUGGUUAUUCUGAUAUCUCUAUUGACCACGCCGAUAACAUAAAACCAAACGCUAAACAUGUUUAUAAUAAAUUAUUACCAUAGACAAUUGAGUUAAUGACAUAAUAAUAUUAUUAUUAUUUAUUAUUAUACUUUAUUAUUAUACUUAGCUACCUGACUUAUAGUUAUAACCGAAACCACGCCGUAGCUAUUAUCACUUAUAUAUACACGAAGUUACAACAUUCUGUUUCAUAUUGGUAUAAAAAUCAUACAACUACAUACUACGUAGAAUUCGUAAAAACUCACAAACAUAUAGGAGGAGAACCCCCCUCAGGUUUCGCCACUGAAACUAACCUAGGUAUAGGUAAUAUAUGUGUAUUGUACACCGCAUGUGUGUGAAUUAUAUUACCCUCAGAUGAAUACUAAAAUGCGCCACUGUAUGAACACUAAUAACGCGUAUAGGUAUAACUUUUUUAUCAAAGAGUUUAUAAACAAAAGAAAAUAUAAUCGAAAAAGCAAAUCUAGAGUGUGUUUUCUUAAUUUAAAUCAUACACAGCACAUAGAUUUUAUAAUUAGAAAUCGUCUAUACGUAAGUACCUAUAUAUAGGUAAUAUAGGUUCAUAUGAAUGAAUACGUAGAGAGAAAUUUUAGAAUGAUAAAAACAAAUAUAAAACAACACGUUUCAAUUUGUUUGAACACUUUUGAAAUGUAUAAUAAUGUGUAUGCAUGAAUAGUCUAUAAAAAAAUAGUAAAAUAGGUGUAGGCAAUCAAAUCGUCUUUUUUCAGUGACACGGUAAACACCUACAAAAACAAAUACAAUAUAAUAACAACUACCUACGGAUCACCAUUUGACAUUUAAAUACCUAAUAAAUAAGUCAUAAUCAUAAAGAUAACGUUUUAAUUUUAUUCGUCAUAUCUGAAAUUCAAGCAUCGUUAUCGCGUAGGUAGGCAAGUUACAAAUUUACAAAACUUUACAAAUAUUGAUCAUUUUGUUUUAGUCAUACGUAUAAUAUUAUACAGUGGCGUGCAGACGGUGUUUUUAAAGAUGAUUGGUGUAGUUGAUAAUUACACCUCAUAACUGGUGUGGUGGUGUCACAGAAAAGCUUUAAAAGGUGUGAGUGGAAUGAGCGGAUACUGUGGUUAUUCUUAAAAUUCAGUUUUUUAUGUGUCUUAAAUGUAUGGGUGAUGUUUAUAAAUUAUAAUAUAACUUUAAACAUAUUGUUUGAACUUUGUCAACUUGCUCUACAUCAUUUUUAAGAGGCUCAGCAAAAAUAUAAGAACAAUUCAUUAAUAUUUAAAGAUCACUACCAGCUGAUAAAAAUACUGAAUAAAAAAACUACUUAUCUAUACAUAAGUAAAAAUCACCCUAUACUUUUAUGUUUAAUUGCAUGUGCUCUCAAUAUAUCCCCUGGCACUGUAUAACCAUAUAAAAAUUAUAUAAACAUUAGUUAUUUCACUUAUAAAUGUACUAAAUGUCUAAAUAUUAAUGGCUCUCGAUGAUUGUCGACGGUCUUUAUAUACACACGCUUUACUUUAUAUAGUGAUACAAUAAUAAUAAUCGAACGUAUAAGGAGAUAUAUUAAUGUGUCAAACGACUUUCUCGACUUGUGGAUUGGUUAACCAGAUGGUUGCUGCAGGAAAUAAAUUAAACGAAUAAAUGAUUUUGAAAGUAAAACGUGUCUGCUAUUUAAUGCUAUUAUUUUUAUUCGUAUACGUAUGCAUAUAAAAUCUCAAUAUACUUAGACAAUUUCUGACUCAACCGAUUGGCUUAGAAACAACGGGGUUUAUGGUUAUAUGCCAAGAUUAUAUAUUUUUUUUUUUUUUUUUUUUGUAACAGACUAGAAACGCCACGUUUUAAUCGGUGCCAACAAUUUUAUUUCCACAUCGAAAAAUGUAAGGGUUAACUAUGCGCCGUUUAUUGGUCAUCGUAUCAUACAAUUUAGUCUAAACUGGGAAUAAAGUUCGGACUAAUAUCAUAAACCGAUUAUCGUAGAUGAUUAUUGCAUUAAAUAGCGGUUAUUCUAUGAUUCAAGACUUCGACUGUUGCUUCAGUAAUAAACAGCAAUAUAAAAUUUGGUGGGACGUGAGCAGUGGCGUGGUGUGCGUAUUAGCAGUGAAACCGUUGCUUACAUAUAUAAGUUAUAAAAUGUUAUAGAUAUAUUGCAAAAAUGCACAAUUUAAGCCAUGAUCAAGUUCUAACAGUAUACAAUUUUAUAUUAAAUUUUGGAAUUUUGGAAUAGUAUAAGAAGAUGAUGUACGACACUGUCAUUAUAUUGGAACUUUUAUCAGUCAUCUUCACUCAUUGACUUCAAACAGUUCAAAGUAUUAUUAUUAUUCGAUAGUAUUUAUUUAGGAGUGACGGUUGAUUAUUAUUUAAAUCACUUUUGAUAAUAUUUAUAUUAAAUAAAUUCUGAGCGGCUCUCUAGACAUAGUAAAAAUAGAUGGAGACAUAGGUAGGUAUAUAUAAUUUUUGGUCAUUGUUUACACCACUGACGUACACAUCACACCAUGCCACUGGACGUGAAUGAGUGGAUUGGUAACAUGAUUUGGUGCCGGUAUUAAUUAAAUUUAUAAUUAUAUAUUUUAGUUUAUGAGUUUUAAAAAAUUUAAAUCACUGGCAUUAUAGUGAUAUUAAUGUAGAUAUCUAGGUAAUUUAUAUUUUAUAUCUUCACAAAGAUCACCAAAAAAUUAUGAUCAUGCGGUUAUAUUAUAAUUAAUUUAUAAUUAAUAGUUAUAUUUUAGCAUAUAUAUACUUUAAUCACUCAAUGCCGAUUGUUGGCAUUGUUGGCAAGACAAUAUUAAACAAAAAUAUUUUAUCAUUUAUAUAAUCAAAUAAAAUAUGUGUAAAAUAUACAUUUAAUUUGUUUUUUCUUGAUAUAUGUAAAUAAAGAUUUUGUGGGUUGUGCGAGUUGUGGGCGUUAGAUUUAUUUUAUAGUUUUAUUAUUAUUAUUAUAUCUUUUAACAUGUAUGAAUUCGAAAUAUUUUUUGUCAUAAAUAAUCUACAUUGAUAAAAAAUGAGCAAAAUAUAAAAACAACGGCACAAUAGUCAAAACGGGGGAAAAUAAUGGGUAGGUAUAUGCGUAGCGAAUUACGAUUGUAAUAUAUUCAUAACACAACAUAAUAUUAUUAUGAUUUUCCCGCUCAUAUUUCGCGCCAAAUGAAAAAUAAUACGGAUAUACGGAUAAAAAUAAUCCCGUAAUUGGCACCGUGCCAUUCAAUUAUUUUUAAAUUUCGUGUUACAUCAACAUAUGGUGCACGUUUAAGACACGAUUGUAUUAUUAUUAUUAUUUCUCUUUCGGUUUUUGAAAAAAUAAUAUACAAAAACUCGAAUUUUAUAAUACCAACGUAUAUAAGAUACCUAUUUCAAAACAAUACAUCCCGAAUCAACUAUUAUCUAUAACGAUGUGUAAGCAAGAAUAAAUGAAUAUCAAAGAAUAAAAUACAUAAAUAUAAAGGUUAAAAUAAAGUACCUAUAUUACUGGGCCGAAAUUUCGUAUCCUUUAAGGUACGUGAAAAAUUCUGACCAUUUUUACCAACCGAACAUUUUUCAAUCUCAUCUUGUAAAUCUUAAAUCUAAAAUAUAAAUAAAUAUUUGAACUCAUACGGUUCAAAAAUGAAAUAGGUACUUAAUUAAGGUAAAGUUCAAACAUUUAAAAUAAAUGCAACUUAAAUAAAUAAUAAUUUAUUAACUUUAUUAUAAUUUAUGGUGUUAUUAAUUAGGUUAUGUACAUUACUAUAAUAUUAAUGUAUCAGCAAUUUUAUUAUACUAUAUAUAUUUUAGAUAUAAAUUAAUAAUUAAAUGACGAUAAAUAUAUUUUGUUCAAUUAUUAGAAAAAUAACGCUAACAACAGUUCUUAUUUAGGAAUUAAUUUUAUCAAAGUUGAGAGAUUAUUGUCCAAUUUCUAGAAUGUAGCCAUUAAUUUUUUAAAGUAAAAAAAUAUCAAUGUAUAACUUAUAACAUAAUAUUAAACUUCCUUGUACAAAAUCUCCACUGAAAUAGGUGUACCAAUACCAAUAUGUAUGUGUAUAGUAUGUAUUUGUACUUUGUUGAAUACAUUUAACACAAUAACAUUAAUUUAAUUUUUAAUAAUACAUAUCAAAAGUUAAUUAUAAUUUUAAAACCAUUGUAAAAUAAUAUAUUCGUAAUUUCAAUAAAGAACUAGGUACAAACUUCUAUAGCGUUGUGACCUUCUUUUUAUGAAUCGUGUUCAGUAUCUUGUAACCUUUAUGUUAAACAUAUAUAAUAAAUUUGAAACGCCUAUUUUCAAAAUUAUCAAUUAACGAUUUUUGAAAUUGUUCACAAACAACAAAAUAACAAAAAGAGAGUUAAAACAUUUUUACUUAAUGAUUUUGUAAUCAAUAUGAAAUCAUGGUUUUGGAAUGCACGCAUAUAAUCAAAGUCAGUAAAUUGAGUCCUCCAAAAAAGGCUAUAGUCGUACAUUAUUUAAAUUGCGGCCCGAACUUAGGACCUAGGACUGACAAUAUAAAUAUUUAGCAAUUUGUGAAAACGAAAUUUGAAUCCAUUAACUACUUUCAACGUUUUCUUCCUUUGCUUUUCAUACCGUUCAUUUGUAUUAAAUUGAAAAAAAAAUACCUUAUCUUACAAAUUGUUACCGGUUUCUUAAUUACACUAUGUUUAAUGAUAAAUUAUUUAUAUAAACACAUAUUUCUAUUUGUACAUUUUUGAUCAUACAAAUUUUUAGCUGAUAUAUAUAAUUUAUUACUAUAAUUGUUAACAACACAUUUUUUAAUUAUAAACAAAAAAACACUAAAACCAACAUUUUGGACAUUACCAAUAUUAAUGCAAUUAUAUUAUCAGUCUUAAGUCUGAAAAAAGAGGAAGAAAAUAUUGAUUUUACAAAAGAAGUCUUAGAAGUAAUUUUCGUAUGAAUAAAAAAUAUUUAAGAAUACACAUAUAAUAUAUUUGGACCAAAAUUUAAGUUUGUAUGAAAAAUACCCGAGCUGCAAUUUACAGCGACCCCACAUGAUGGUGUAUGAAGAUAUUUUUAAUAGAUUAUUAAGUACACGAUUUAUAAUUUCGAUGUAGAUUGGUGCAGCUGGUUUUGUUGGAAAAUCCGUCCAAUAGCUGUUAUUGAUUAUAUUGGCGCAUAUUGGAUGUGAAUUUUUGGAGAGUGCUUGAAUAAUUUAUGGCAAACAUAUCCAUGGGGGGGGGCUUAGCUCCUCACACCCCUCUAAUACCACAAUAAAUUACAUUACAAUAAUUGAAAAUUUAUAUACAAAUAUAAUAAAUCAAAACUUUAAUUAGUUAUACUUGUACGUAGACAAAUUAAUAACUAGUAAUACUAGUAAUCAAUAAUAGUUGAAAUGUUAUAAUUUUUAAUAUAAUCCCUAUUUUCUUUAUUUAUAUUGAGCAGUAUUAACUAUACUGUAUUGUCUAUACAACAAUGGAUUGUUUACAUAAUUUAUUAUGUAUUCAAAAUAUUAAAACAUCUAAUUUACAAUCUAUAAUUACUAAUUAACGUUAAAAAGAUUUAAUUUUCUAUUUGAUACUACAAAUUGUUUGUAUUAUAAUUUCGUGAAUUCGUAAACUAUUUGUUAUAAAAAUAAUUUAUAAAUAAUUGGUGAAAUAGUAAAAUAAAUUACCCAGGGGAACUGGGGGUGGUAAGUACCCCCUAGCAUCCCCCUAUGUGCCCCUAUGUUUUUGAAGUUAACAAUUCGAUACCUAUAAUCACUAAUAUUUCUUUGUUUUGGUAUAAUAAAAUUGGUGAAAAAAGAAAAUCAAGGAGGAUUGAUUGCCAUAUCGCAUUUUCUCAAAUCAACCACUGCAGGGUGUGAUUCAUCUAUAAAAAUCACUUAGCCGUCUAAAUUGUGUUAAAGCACCUCUCUCUCAUCUACCCUUAAAAAAAAAAAGUCAUAAAUAUGCUACUGGAUAUAAUAUUCACUUGUUGAUUAAUUAUAUAUCCGGUUUUUUCGCUGCACAACUAUAUAAAUGAUAAUUAAUUACACCCAAGGGGUGUAUAAUAUGAAACAUCCCAUUACUGCAGACCUUAUCGUAUAUCUUUUUUUUUUCAAUUUACACCAAUAUUAUAUACCGGAUAUUGCACAAUAAUGGGUGUUUAUCCAACACUCUGAAUUACAAAAUAAAUAAUUAUCAUAAUAAACUUAACGAAAUGGACAUAAUUAUAUUAUCUGUAUACUUACAUGUUUAUUUUUUUUUUUAUUGCGCAUUCGUGAUUCGUUUACGGUAUAAAAACCCCAAAGAUUUAUUUAAUUAUUAAAAUAAUUUUUAAUUUUAAUUACAUACGAACAGUUAAUAUUACGGUUUAUUGUCUACACUCUACAGUUUUAAAUGAAGUACAGAAAUCGUAAUUUAUAGAAAACCGUUAUCUAUAUUAUACCUGUUAUGAAUUACGAUAGACAAUGUUGUAAAAAUAUAUAAUAAUACAUGUAUCUAAAUAAUGUUAAGUAUAUCAUUCGCUAAAACUUUGAUCUUAAAAAUCUAAUUUAGUAGUAAAUAAUAACAUUAUAGGCAAAUAUAAAAUAGCUUUAAAAUAUUUAAUUCUGGGAUACAUUUCAAAUUUAGCCCGAUUUAUUAUAGGCUUUAUAAAUUGGUAUAUUUACAUUCAAUACAGGUUCACUUUGUUCAUAUCAUAAUUUAUAAUGGUUUUAGAUUUUUGUUUUUUUCAAACAUUAUUUCACACACACACAUACGCGGAUAAGUCUAGGACUCGGGACUUGAGUUCUCGAGUCCAUAACGUGAAAAAAUUCUAUUGUGUAUUUCAUACAGUAGUUUAAAGCUUAUCAGUACAAUCAUAACUGUAUAACAUAACAUAUAUUUAAAAUUUUAACCGCCUGGGCACCUAUACCGUUAAUUAAAUUGUAUUUACACAUUUUCUCUUAAUACUGUAGCUUAUUAGCGCACUACAGGUGUAACUCGUACAACAAAAUAAAAUAUAUUUAUGAUUGUUGCAGUUUACGAUUUUACGAACACAAUAAUUAAAAGACAAUGACGUGUUCAAGAGUUUUUAAUGCAGUGGGACGUAGCGAAAAUCUUAAUCAUAAAUAAAUUGUAGAUAAUUAUUUUUUUACCAAACUUGAAAGUGGGAAUUUGAAAUCCGGAUCCAAAAAUCAAUUUUAAUCAAUAUUCCAAGCUAUUCCUUAUUAUUUGGCUGAAAUAUAUAUAUCGUAAGAUUAAAUUACUAAAUAAAUACUCGUCACUGUUAUGAAUCAUAACCUUCACUUCCCUUGCGCAAGCUCGCUGUUAAAAGGCAAUACUGCUUACAAGCAUGCCACGAUUAUUGUAGAGAGAUAGUAGGAAAGAUAAGAUAAUCUACAGGAUAAUCUAGUGCAACUAUACUGUUCUGUAAGUAAUUAAUUAUACUAUAACACUACACUAUACUAUACUGUACACCAGUACUUCUUAAACUGUAGGCCACGGCCCUCUAGGUGACUAUUAAUAUAUUACAGGGAGAGGGGCAAUAUUUAUAUAAUGUAUUUAUUUUAUUUUAUCUAUUUUCAAAUGCGUUUAUGGAAAAAAAAAAUAAUUUUUAAAUUUUAUUUAAUUACCAAUUUAUUUUGGAUUCGGAGCGGAACGAAGGAUAUAUUGGUUUUAGGAGCAUUUCCCUGGCACCCCGCUACUCUAAAUUUUAAAAGCCUAAGGUUUUCACAAUUGUUUAGAAAAAUGCAGAAAAAUUAAAAAAAUAGCCUCCCCAAUAGCCUGCUCCAACUGAACAAAAUUUGCGGUUUAAAAAAGAUGCUACAUUUAUUAGUAGUUUUCUUUUUUUCUAUUUUCAGAAAAACUUUCCGUUAACCGCCCCCCCCCCGGCCUUGUAUUAUAUAUUUUCGUGUAAAAUGUUAAAUUAGAAAAUUAAGGAAGGAAUGAAAAAAAAAAUAAGUAAAUAUUGACAAGAAAUAGGUUUCAAACAAAAAAAAGGUUUGUGACGAAAGGCUGACGGCGAAACAGCGGCAAAAUAGUGAUGUUUACUAAUACCAUACAUUCCUCUAAAAAGACCGAGUAAUGUUUCAAUAUUUGUACUUAGAUGAUUUCAAACGAUUUUUUUUUAUGUUUAACUAUUAAUAGUGAAAAGCAGAAGAAGAAAAAAAUCGAUUUGAACGAACAACGUAGGUAUACUUAUAUUACCUAUACCUACCUACCUAUAUUACAUUAUCAUUAUAGAAAUCAAUAUCUACCGCGUGGUUAGGUUAUUAUGUGCCCACGGCCCACCCAGCGGUUAGGUUAUUAUAUGUAUGCCCACCCAGACGCCUUUGUCAAAUUAAACGGAACAAUACGUUUUGGACGACUUCCGUUCAGCCGAAUCUCUGAUUAACGAUUCAUAUUAAAUACCUACACUGUAUUCUGCCGAUUAAAUUGUUUAAUUAGUUUUGUGUGCGUUUUUUUUAAGCGAGGACAUUUGAUAUUAUCAUUAUUAUACAUAUUGUACACGCACGAGCGCACGGUUUGUGUAAUGCAAACAUCGCGAUUAAUUUAUUGUUUUCUUCCAUGUUUGUUUUUCCAUCGAUAGAUUAUAAAAAUAUAUACGCUAACCGUGAUUCAACGGAUACAAAUAUCUGCGAUUUUUAACUAGAAAAUUGGUUAUUUUUUGGCAAGGCAUACGUAUAUUAACGCAUCGUGGGUGGGCCAUUUUUGUAGGUGUGUCAUUAUUGCGGGAAGGUGUACAUGUGAAUAGGGCACAGGGUAAUUUAGUUUAUAUACCGAAAGCAAUGACGAUAAAUCGUGGCCAUCGAAAACUAUUCUGAGUAGAGCUCAAUAAACUGGCUAGUCGUAUAUUUUUCCCUUUGUAGCCUGCAAUGCGGUAACCCAGAAAUCAACAAAUAAUGUGACCAACGUAUCGAUAUUUAUAGUCAAUUAUUUUUUAUAUAUAUAUAUAUAUUUUUUUUUUAAAAUAGUGGGAAAUCUAUAAAGUUGUUUCGAAUAAAGUACCACCUUGCUGAAAAUCCGUAUGCCUAUUGAUGUAGCGUGAAUGGUCGAAAAAUGUUUACCAACCGGAAAAGUGUAUUUUGGGGAGAAAAAAAAUAAAUUUUGUGCUAAAACUACGAUCAGGAUCUAAAAAAAGUUAGGUUAGGUUUUUUCAAAAACCAGCCGAAAAUCUACCUUAAACAAAAUAAAACGUUUCCAAAACAUAUAUAACUUUUAAAAAGAUUACCAAUUUCCCGUCUCCCGGGCUUUUGCGGCCACCAUUAUAUAAAUAGAUCGUUCUCAUGGUUGGUGAAUUGUGGCCUAAUCCUUAAAUCAAGUACGAGUUGGGGCCCGUGUUAAUGAGAAGGGCGUACGAAUUGCGUGCAUAUAAUAAUUACCCCUUCACAUCAGUCUUGUAGCAUUAUACAAAAUACAUGUCUUCUAAAAUUUUCUUUAAAGAGAAUUACUAAACAUUUUUCUUUUUAUGAGUGUUUUGUCAAUUAUAACAUGGUUGUGAUCAAUGUUACUUUCAACUAUAAUAAUUGCAGAAGAUAAUAGGUAAUUACACCUGUACAAAUAUAUUUAAAAUUUUUCACACUAGGUCACCGCGUACAUCAUCAUUUAUGUGUUUUAUGAAAACAGAAUAUGUAGUGUCCUUAGAUAGUGGCUUUGAUUUUGCCCUUACAAUUUUUCUUUACAACGAAUUCUAUGAUCGUGCAAAUAACAGUAAGUAUAAUAUUUUGCAUUCGAACUAUUAACGUUUAUUGACAUUUCAUUGUCCGUCGUCAUAUUUUAGAUUAGAUAUUAGUUUUGGCGUGGUAAUUUCUAAAUAAUAUUAUAAACAUAAAACUACAUCAACGAUAAAAGUUUCUAAAUGAAAAAAAAAAGUUACUUGGACUCACCUACAAGACUAAAAGGGUUACCAAGUUUUUUCCAAUUUGUUUUCUUUGUCCAUAUGUAUUUAAUCAUUAACUUUGUAUUUUGAUAUCCGGUGAUGUAUAAUAGUGGAAACUAUACUACUCGUAGUAAGGUUUUAUUAGGAUAUAUUUAUUUAUUUAAAAAAAAUAUACUCAUGUUUUUUGAAUUGAGAUAUAUUAUUUCUAAAUCUCUUUAUCGUCUUUCUUUACUCAAAGCUCAAGAUAUUAUCAUAUUGAGUAAUAAUUUUUAACAAUUUUGUUUGAUUUCAUCAAUUUUUUCUGUCUAUAAUUACAUAACCUUGUUUCGAUUUUUUCUGCAUGCGUAUUUCGUCUAUAGGCGGUGCGUUGAUUUCCCAUUAUGCCAAUUCUCUCGAUCGUUUUUGUAUUGUUCCUUUUGAGGGGCUCGUAUUGAAAAGCACCCGAACGUCUCAAUCCGGGCUUGUCUAUAGGUAAAGGUUUACAGGCGUCGUAAACGCAGUGGCGUAGCGACAGGGCGGUUUGGCGGGCAAUGAGCUACGGGCCCGUGACAUUUAGGGGCCCCAGGACCGGCCGAGUGAUUGUCGGACAGGCGAAGGCCUUAUUCGAAUGACCUUUGUAUACAAUAUUAUUUUGCCACGGGAAUUAGGAAGUUCUACAGUUGCGUCACCGCGUAAACGACACGCCGGUCCGCCACUCGGUUACAGCAGCAGCAGCAGCAGCAGCCGCCGUCGUUCUACAAUAGGGGCCGGCCGCCGGAUGACGGGGAACCGUGACAUGUUCGUAAUAAUAUUAUUAAUAUCGCUACUACUCGCUAUAGGCACCGCGUGUAAUCAUCAUAAUAAUAAUAAUACGUAUAGUAUGCGUCGUAUUCUCGCGGUCCGGAUAGCGUAUAAAAUAAUAUCGAGCCCGCGCGUACAAAAUAAUAAUAAUAAUAAUAAUAUUAUAAAAAACGGUCGCGGUGAAUACGCGGUACGCGUCGCGCGGCCGAGGCGAUCCCCUACAACGUGAACGGCAAACGCGCGCGCGCCGCUGCGCGUCUAUUAAUACGCGGACCAAUGGCUGCCCGCGGGUCGCGCGAUCCCGCCGCCGACAUGUGUUCUGGCAUCCGACGGUCUCUCGUCUCGGACGACGAAAAAAAAAAAAAAAUAAAAAAAAAAUAAAAAUGAAAUAAGCGCGUAACAACAAUAAUAAUACGGUACCGUACGCCGACGCGCGCCGACUUUUGACGUUUUCCGUUUUGUCGCGGUUCUCCAGCGUUUUGGACGCCGUCUUCUCGGUUCUAAUUUUUUUUUUUUUGGCGGUUUUACAUUGUCGAGGAUUUGUUUAUUCUGCCGCGCCGACGGACAACACGCCCGUGAGCCGCCUCCUGUAUUUUAUAUUUUUUUUCUACCGUAUUUUCAUACCCGCGGUCGCGGUAUACUUGUACACGAACCGAUUCGCGGAUUGCACGUCGAUUGUUUCGAUCGAUCCGUUUCCGCUACAGGCUGGAAAAUCGUUGCCGCGAGCGCGCGCCUCCCGUAACCGCGCCGCACACGCCCGUGCGCGAUAAUAAUUAUAAUAGUGAUUUUCUUCGUAUGCGUAUGUGCCGGCGCAAUAUUAUACCAGACGGCAUCACGUCCGGCCGCGUUUGCCGAUAAAAAAAUACAAAAAAUAGACAAUAGACAAUUAGUGGAACGACAGUGCGGGUUGUGCGUACGCGAAUAAUUCGUUUUCAAUCGAGAUAAUAACAAUAAUUACGUACAGGCGUGUAGUUGUAGUCUCGUCUGCGCUCUCCGCGCGCGCUUUGCUCAACGCGAACAUUGUAAAACUGGCUCGCGUCCGCGCCGUUGAAUUUUGGCCGGCACCGAUUCGGAUUAUGAUAUUUUUCGGCUUUUACUAUCUGGUGAAAAAAGCGAUCUACUUGUCGUCGAAGAAGAUAUUUAACGGCGGCGAUCAUAAACGCAAGAAGUCCAAGCGCAAAACCAAACGCAACAUGAAAGGUACCUAUUUUACCGAUGAGAUAUUAUUAUACAUAAUAUACGACAACUUAGUACUUGUUAACGACAAUAUUGUUAUAUUAUUUCCUCUCCCCCCCACGUAUAUGCGAGUAAUAUUUCUUCGGCGUCCCCCGGGAAUAAAGGCCGAAGUAAAUUGUGUACAGUUUCCAAGUUACGGGUAAAUUUAUAUUUUUAAAAAUGCAUGUACACUUGUGCGAUUUAGACCGAAAAAUAAAAGGGGUAAAAUUGACUUCUUCCCCGGGGACCGAAGAUUUAUUACCAAUAUAUAAUGUACAAGUACACAUAGACAUCAUAUCGCUAUAAAGUUUUCGGUGUUUCAUAGCUCGUCGGCCCUUUAAAUAACAGCUCGUAUAUUGUAUAUUUCUAUGACACUCUGUAAAUAAUAGUGUUACGUAGUACGAUAAUAUGCAAUUGCAGAAGUGAAUAGUGAUAAGUAGAUAAUAUUCGUAUUUUUUUUAGAAUAACUACGCAUUUUAUAAUAAUCUUAUUAUGAAUGCGAACGAAGCAUGCCUAUGUUCUGUAUAAUAUGCAUAUAUUUAGAACAUAGGAGGAUUGUCGGUAAUACGGAGGCAAUCACUUUACAGAGUGAUAAAAGUAUCAUAAACAAUUUUGAGUAAAUUUGAUUUUAGAUUUUUUCAGUCAUUACUUACUUAAUAUCCUAAAGUACCUCUGAAACCGCUUAACGAUUUCGCAUUAUACUUCCCUAUACAACUUCCAACAUUUUAACUGUAUAUAUACCUACCUAUAUAAUAUCAUUAACUACUAUCAUUAUGAUAUACCUAUCGACUUUUGAUUUUAAUAUAACAACUCGCAUUGCGUUUUAAAAUCACGUUUGGAAAUAUAUGUGUCUAUUAUAAAAACAUUAUACCAUCAGAUAUUUAACCUACAGGGUAUCCCACGAAGAUAUACCUACUCAUUGCAAUAUCUCGGAAAGUAUUAACUUUUUCAUCGAAUUUAUUCUGUAAUUAAUAGUAGGUAACAAAUAGCAACGAAAAUGUACAUUUCGAUUAUUUGUCGUUGUCUUUAUUUUCAAGGGUGAAAUGACCAACUACUUUUGGUUUUUAAAUGGUAAUUUACAUUAAAAAUUCUAUAAAUAUAAAUGGACUAUUAGUUUGAAUACAUUUUGGUGUUGACAUUUUUAAUUUUCGUCAACCCGUUUCCGAGAUAUUUCACUAUUAAAUUUGGAUAGGGCGGGGAGGGUAGUGGAGCCUAUUGAAACGCCGCGCGCCAUGAUCCAUUCAAGUUUCCUACCCAAACUUGAAAGCGAAAUAUCUCGUCAAUGGAAAUCAAAAAUGUAAUUAAACUAAUAGUCCAUCUAUAUUUGUAUAGACAUUUUAACAUAGGUUGCCAUUCGAAAAUUAAAAGUAGGAAGUCGUUCACCCCCCCCCCUCCCGAUAAUAAGGGUGGUGAAAAAUAAUGGUAUUUUAGAAGUGUUUUAAAUCGUCAAAAAAAGAAAAUUCCGAAAAAAUUUAAUACUUUCCGAGAUAUCGCAAUAGAUAUAUCUUUGUGAACAGCCCUGUAUACCGAUUAUAUGAGUCGACUUUUGACUAUGAGUUAACAACAGUUUAAAAUUCAGAUAGAGGGAUAUAAUCGAAUCACUCAGCACGAAUACUAUUUCUUAGUUAUUAUAUUAUUAUCACUAACUGCCGCGAUAGAAAAUUGCUCUUCGAUUAUUAUUGUUGUUGAGCACUUAUUAAAAAAUAAAAAACAGAUGUAUGGGAGUGAGGCUUAUAAUACAGAGAUAACCCCAUAAUCCAUUUAAUAAUAAAUAAAAAAAAGGAAGCGAUUACACCGACCUCAGUACACUUAAUAUUUUCACGUAGACUCAUAAUAUUUAAUUUAAAUGCAUGCAUUUAAAUUUAAACUCAAUAAUAUGACGUUACAUUUUUUGAAGUGUUCACUAGUAUCAUCUGUCAUUUUUUAAAAAAUCGAUAUUUUUGCUACUUCUUUUUAUUAAAAUUCUUUUAAAUAUUAUUAACAGAACAACUAUUCCUUUGGUAGAUACUUGUUUUCUCGAUUGGUGUAUUUGUUUGUUUUUUUUUAGAUUUUAACUGUUCAAUAUUUUAAUCUUAUAGGUAGUUUAUUUGCUUACGUCAUACAAACGUGAUGGUACGUUUCAUAAAAAAUAAUGUAUACUUUCACAUAAUAGAUUAAUAAACAAUAGUGUAUUAAAAUAAUGAAUCUUACUACAAAAAUAGUUUCAUUAUAAUAUAAGUUAUUUAUAUUUAUUAAGUAAAAUGCAAAUUGAACAAAAAAAAAUCGUACUAGAGAUACCCAUAAAAGGUCCAGGGAGAAAUAACAAAAAUAGUAAAUUUUGUUCGGUUAUUUUUAUUUUUGUUAAGCUCGUUAUUUUGAUCUCGAUGAGUAGAGGGUACUAUAGAAUGGUAAUAAUAUCGAAAGGGGCAAAACAAGAAUAGUCUAAAUAGUGAUAACGUAAGUAAACUGAACUAUUCCUAUACAGGGAAAAGUUAUGAACAGAGACUUUAUAAAAAUGGAAUUUUCUCGAAAUUUAGAAAUUUGUAACUAUUCCUGUUUUUUAGUUGGACCCUUCGUAACCUGUAGGAAUAAUAAGUAUUCUAUACACAUAUGCAUACUACAAACUUACAAAACUUCAAUAAUAUAAUGGCGUUAAGUAUGUUUAAUAUGUAUCCGGCGGUUUUAGUAAACUUUUUCUUUUAAUAAAUAUUUCUAGUACGUAUGAUAAACUCGUAUACACAUUAUAUACUUAUAAUAAAAAUCUUUUUUUAAAUUCUCCCCCACUAGGAUGGUUCUUGUCGGAGAAGAGUUAAAAAUAAUAACAAAAAAAUAAAAUAUGUUGUAACCAUAGUGUAAAAUAAUAACCUAAUAACUCCACGAAUGCGUAAUAAUUCUCCGUCCAAGCAAGUCAUCUGUCAGCUAAGCUUGAUCCUUGAUGUCAAAAUUUAGAUUGCGGUUUCUCGCAUUUAAUAUAUCUCUUUUAAUAUGCGGUUCCAACUUUCUACGCUCAAUUACUGCAGUUAAACACACAAGGAAAAUCCCACCCAUCUUCAGUAUUACUAUAAUAUAGAUACAAAGGCAAUCAGUCAAGUCAAAGUUCGUUAUGGUUCCUUUUUUUUCUACUUGUGUGUUUUAUUAAAUUCCGCGAAAACUAUACCUACGCUCAAUCUCAAUGUGAAAGUUUUCUUUUUUACCUAUAAAUAUCAACAAUCGGUAUCUUAACCUAAACAAACAAAAACGUUAUGUUUCCUAUGCUGUUGAGACAUUAUCUAUAAGGCCUGUUCUUAAGUUUUUAACUUUACCCGUAAUUCAAAUUUCGAAAAAUUGUAUUUUAUAUCGUAUAAAUUGUAAAGUAAACAAUAACUGCAAUAAAUAACAAUACGGAACAUUUGUUAUAAUUGUAAAACUGAUAUAAAAAUGAUAGUUACAACUACUUUGCCGAUUAUAUUAAUUUAGUAUAUAGUUAAUACAUAUGUAUAUAUAAUUGCCAAAAAUUACAAUAUAUUUUAUUUGUACUUAUUCUAUAAAAUUCUUGUUAUAUUAUAAAUUGUUGUGAUUGUAUUUUACACAAAUUAACUUAUGGUAAACUUUAUUAAUCCACACAUCGAUUUGAUAAAAUUAGUUCCCAUUAUGUCGUUUAUAUUAUUUAAAUUUUAUAUAUUCAUGAAAAAAAGUUUUUUCGUUACCUACGGAUAAAGAAUUCGAUUAGGUCUAUGAAUUUCAUAUUUUGGGGAGCACUUUGAAUAUAAAUUAUACUACCGAAUUGACAAAACUUUUGCAAAUCUAUAAAGUACUUUCACUGGAAUUCUAUGAUAUUUUAGUUCUAAAAACUUAUUGUUAUUCAAUUCAUGAAAAUCCUUAUAAAAUAUUAAUGCUCUUUGCCCCAAGAGUAAGAAUUGUUUGUUACUAUAUUUUGUGCUCGUUAUAUUAAUCUCAUUAAUUCAUUAAGAAGUUUACAGAUGAGCAAAAUGGAUAUUAAAUAUUGAUUAAAAUAUGUUUUCAAUACAUGAGCUAUAUUAUUACUAAUUGAUGUGUAUUAAAAUUAUUUUAAUUAAAAACUUUGAUGAAAAAUACGUAUUGGCCUUUGAAAAUUUAGGUUAAGUUAUAUUAUGAAACGAAUACUAAAAUACGUGAUACGUAAUAAAACUUUAUAUUCUGAACAAAGUGAGCUUGCAUGUGGUUUUACCACGCUAUUUUUUUAAAAAAAAAAAAACGAUUUUCUUAUCAGAAAUAUUGCUUCAAUUAAAAACUUAAAAGAACUUUCUUGUAGAAUUUUUAAUCUAGCUAAUGCAUUGAGAAAGUCAUUUUUGGAUUUUACAAAUAGUUUUCAGAAUAAUUGGAAAAAUCGGAAAAAGACGGAAAAUGAAAACUGAUGAAUGUACUGGUUUUUUUUUUUUUAUAGGAAUUUUAAUAUUAAAUUUUGAUGAAAAUCGUAAUGUUUCAAAAUAUGUAAAUAUAACUGAACUUCGCUCCAAAUCGAUUUUCGUUAGCAACAAUUUAAUGUUGCGUACAAAUAUAAAUUAAAUUACUCUAUAUAUUAUUAUAUAUAUAAUAUAUCCUUCUUUCCAACUUCCCUCCUAAAGCAUUGGCAUGGUUACAUCAACAGUGUAUCUUUUUUCUUUUAUCAAAUAUAUUUUAUUUGAUAUAACUUUAAUACCUACUUACUUUUGACGUAAUUUUUAAUUCGUGUAAUAUGCUAUAAUACGACCCUACGUGUAAUAAUGUAAUAUACGACUCUAAUUACAAAUUAACCCUUUUCAUAACCCUACUACCAUAAAUAGAUACGUUAGGCUUAUAGAAUACGUAAAUAAAUAUUGAGUAGGGGUCUAAUACUUUUUAAGUGCAUAGGGGCGGAAUAAUAAAUGUAAACCGUAUGACGACUGAUGAACGAUGAGUCAUCGUAGACGGCAUAAAAUAAAAUAUAUCUGUAAUAUAACAAAUCCUAGAUCUCUCUCUCUUUAUUUGUUAAUUUGGAACGUUCUGUUGAUUUAUCAUGGCAACAAAAACUAAAGAAUACAAAUAAAUAAUGAUAAUUAAUUAAUAGCAAACAGUGAAUACAGUUACCAUGGUAACAAAUAAUGGUUUAUAAUGUAAAGUAUCAUAUAGAAUACAUACAUCAUACAUAUUAUUAUCGUCGGCUUUCCAGCAAAAACCCGUUACAGAUUACGUAUUAAAUUGUGUUCAAUAAAAUUAAAGUAAAUUGUUUUAUUUUACACUUAAAAGUAUUAUUAUAGGUGUUUUUAAAUUAAAAUUAAAUUAGCUACGGUUGUUAGUGAAUAGUGAAUACCUAUUUUCAUGUUUUACAAAAGAAUAAGAUCUAUUAAGAUUAUAUAACCACGUGAGUUUUAUUUAAAGAACGAAAUUACACAGUUUUUUUUAUCUUAGUUAAUCACUGUUUAGUUUUAGAACUAGAAUUUCCAAAAAUAAAACUGUUAAAUACCUUCACGAGUACUUAAUAUACACCCUUUCUCAAUAAAUGUCUGCCAUAAGUAUUUAUGUCCUGUACAUAUUAAAGCGUAUGACCUAUCCUAUAGUCGAACCUAUCGAGACCUUCAUUUUGGUAUAGUUACAUAAUACUUCAUAUCAUCUAAUAGUUUAAUUGAAAUUAACGUUAAACAUUUGGAUGUACUUGAAUCGUCUCUCAUUUGACUCUUAAAUUGCGUUCUAUGUAUUUAAAUAAAUAAAUAUGGGUAUUCGAAUUGCCUGCCAAUUUUCAAAAAUUAAUUCAAUCGAAUUGUCUCCCAUGACAGGAAGAUAAUCUUUUUUUAUUCAAAAAGCUCAGAUAGAUUUCAGAUAAAAUUCAAUUUUCGAUAAUCGAUUUUACUUUAUAUGUGCAAUAUAAAUGACUUGCAAAGAUAUCGAUGGUGACUAUGAUAAAGAAAAUGUAAGUAAAACAAAAAUAUUGAAAUACAAUAAAUAAUCAAACACCACAUACCUAUUAAAUAGUAUCAAUAAUAUCACAGAACAUGAUAUCUAAAUAAAUAAAUACAUUUUCACGUUGAUAGCUUUUACUGUUAUAAUGUUUUUAAUUACUCAUUUGGGCAAACUCAACUAUAAAUAUAAAAAAAAAAAUAAUAAUUUUUUGGUGUACUCAAUCGAAUAGUCUUUGAAAUAUCUAGGAGGCGAUUUGUGGGCACUGAAAUAUUUAAAAAUAACAAGCUUUUAUAUUCUAACCUACUUUAUGUAACUAUAUUUUCAUAUUGUGUGUAUACUACACCUACUAGGUUAGGUAGGUAUUCAAAAUCGUUUAACUACAUGAUAUAUUGGUAUUUAAAUAGAGGAACUCCGAAAAUUAAACGGAUUUUUUAUAAAAUUUCAAUAGUAUCGAUAAGUAUAACAUUUACACAAUUGGUAUUUUAUAGAAAUAGAACUAUUAAUUUGUAUUUACCUACAAUUACAGCACAACACAAUUUAUAUUAUGCUGCUCACUGUCCUAAUUUUAUAAAACACAUGUCGACAUUUAGAUGGCAACAUUUUCCUUUAUGAUACAUUUUGUAAUACAUCAAUGUACAGUCCGGUGUUAACCUUUAGAAAAUUAGAACCCACACUACAUGGAGCAUCUUUAUACUUAUGGAUAAACGAAAACGGGCGAGUCUUUUGCAAUUUGAUAUAUAUAUAAUAUACCUACUAUGGCUACUCUAUUGGUUUUGGUUAGUACAAAUGAAAAACGAAGAGAAUUUUAAAUAUACAGUAAGUUCGUACUUAAAAAUCAGAGUUGUAACGAGGAUUUCCAUUGCCUCUAAGUCGGACAGUUUAACGGUAGAAAAAAUGCGAACUCUUAUAUUUUAUACUACGUUUAAAUUCAGAAUUUAGCGCCCUUUUCUGAGAUACCUCCUGAAUCUUUCCAAUCAACGGCAAUAAACCUCUUUAUAGGACCUAUAAUUAUAAUAGAUUUUGUUAUUUUUAAUGAAGUUCUAAUUUAUCAAUAUUAUGUAGGUACCUAUCCUAAUAUUCCUAUUAUAAAUAAUCGUUAUUUAUUUAUAGAUGUAUAUCUUUAAAAGUUAAAAAUACGUUAACGUUUAACCAAAUUUUAACACUAAUAAUAACAUAAAUACGACCAUGGUCAUAAUAUUAUAAUAUUAUAGGUACACAUGAUAUUGUUGCGUAUGGAAGCAAAGUAAUCAAAUAACGAAAAAAAUAUUUAAAACAAUUUUCAUUAUACCUAACUACAUAAUAGAUAUUUUAUUUAUCCGUAUUAAAAUACAAGCUUUUUUCCAGCAACACAUAUCGUGUGAUCGAUAUAUUAUGUAUUAUAAGUACCUGAAUAAAUUAAAACUAACCUCUGAUUAUAAUGUAGGUUACUUUUCGUUCAUUGAUUUUAUACGUACGCCUGGUGUAUUAUUAUUACACCUACAGUCUGUACAAACUACGAAACAUACACGCUCGUGUAAAACAUGUUUAAAAAAUUCACCCCGAUGAAUAAUAUCGAUAAAUGAUAAUAAUAAGGAAACAUGCACGCACAGAAAUGUGUGAAAUAUUUUAGACUCUGAACGAAGCAAGGAAUACAUUGGUUUUACAGUAAUAAUAAUAGGACUUGUGUGCCGUUUUUUUUUCUAUAACUUUUAAAUCAGAAAUCUUGCACCGAUCAUCAGCAUCGGGGUUGAUUUUUGAUAGUAUCAAAUUUUGUAAAGUUGCAGGUUAGUUAGGAAGAUAACCUUAUUUAUUUUUUCAUUUUACUUUUCUUAAAAAUGAAAAAAACCAAGAAAAAAUGCAAAAAAUAUUUAUGCAAUAAUGGUUUAUGUUACUUUUUUUUUACUGUGAUUCAGUGAAAAAUCAUCGCAGAGAUCUGCAACUUUCACCUUCACUUGUAUAUUAGCACGUGAUACUAGACGUGAUACAAUUUUCAAAAUAUUCUAGCACUUUUAUGUUAUUUGUAAUUUAUUUGAAAUGUUCUAUUUUUUAAUUUUUUUUUUUUGAUGUAGAUAAAUUGUUGUCUUUUUUUUAUCAGCGCUUUAAGCUCAAAUUUAUGUUAAAAUUCAUUAGAAAAACGAACAAUUAUCGCGUUUAUUUAUUCUGUAUAUAGUAGUUACAAUGAUUAAUACAGUACUGUUGUAACAAAUGUUUAACCGAACUCAGUUCAGAAUCGUUUUUCGUUCACUAUGAUUUAUCGUUGCGUACAGAAAAUAAAUUAAAUUAUUAUACCUCAAUAAAUUAUAAUACAAUUUCCACCUAUAUACAACAUUAGCCCAUUUAUAUUAACACUAUUCUGUAUGUGAGGAGUUUACAGCAAUGAUAUAUACAAAACACCCGCAAUAUAAUGAAUUGGCUUUUUUUCAUUUUUUUUUUUUUUUUUUUUUUUUAUGUUGUGUACGAGAGUAAUAAGUCUUUGUUAAAUUCGUUGUUGUGUCUCGAUAUAGUGUGUACAACCAUACAAUGCCGUUUACUCCCGUGUAUAAUAUUAUAUCUACAUACACCGCGUUUUGAUAGUUAUGAGUCACAAGUCACCAUUUAUGAAAAUACGCGUAUACGGUGUGCGUGUAUAAUAAUAUUAUGCCUAUCGUGUUGUAUUUUUUAAAUAUUUAUAAUGACGGGCAUCGUCAUUCUAAUUAGGGUAUUUUUUUUUUUUUUUGUGAAUGUUCACUCCCCCAUCUCUCAAAACGGCUCCAAACUUUAGGCUUUCCUCAGUUAACCUUAUCCCAACCAGUGAGAUUAUUUCUUCUAUAAAAUAUAAUAUUUUGGUACGAAAUCUACCGAUUCAAUAGUUUACCAUUUAUUUUCUGGUGGGUAUACAUAGAUACACAGUAAUCAAGGGGGUUCCAUCAGGGGCUUAAGUAUUACAUCCUACCCCCUAAAUUAUUUGGUCUAUUUGCAUCUAUAUGUUUUAGUUAACAUUUCUAAAUAAUUAAAUAAUUAAAUAAUUUAAAUUUUAUAAAUAAUUAUUAGAGGGGAGAAGGGGGUAAAUAUGUAAACAAGAUGUUGUUGAUGACGUUUCCUUUUUUAGUUUUUUUUCUUUUGAUAUUCCAUAUAUUAUAAUACGACGCCACUCUAGCAUAAUUUUUAUAAUAUAUUUAUUUUGUCUGCAGCAUAAAAAUAAUUUUACUAAACAACAAUAUUAUAAUGUUGAUUACUUGACGUUUUUUAUACGUUUAUAAUAUUUUUCAUGUAAUGCCAAAUGUGAAAAAAAACAAAUUUGUUUUAAUAUGCACGGGUAUACCAUAGUUUUUUUCCUGUAUUUAAAUAUUUUACCGCAUUUAUUUUAAUUAAAUAAAAAAAUUCAGCUGCCAUGGCUGUAGCAAUUUUCCUCCAAAAAUGAAAUAGAGUGUAGUUUUCUUUUACUGUCCAUUUUCCUUAGAAAACUAAAAGCAUAUAAAAACAAGAUAGUAUUCUUCUUCACUUCGCCAGUUUCUGAAUUAAGGAUAGAACAGACUUGGUUAUAAAUGUAGAAGGUAGAUAUCACUACUUUAAUUUGCUGACUUUUUAGAGGGGGUCUGGAUAAUUUUUUUUCUUCCAAAUUCUCUCUAUUUUAUUAUCCUUGUAAUUUCUAUGCGUGAUCAGAUUAUGUCCAGCUGAAUUUUUUUUUUAGUUUCGAGUUCAUUAAGAUUUAAGAUUAAUUUAAGAUUCUAAACACAUUAGUUGGUGCAUUGGUUGAUCGUUUACUAUUUUCUUUAUAAUUGCGAAAGAACGUAUAAAGAAAAAGGGAAAAUUUAGAAUAUACAAAUGUUUAUUAUUUUUGAUUUAGUAUUUUGUUUUUAUUCAGUUACAAAUAAUUGUAGAAACUUAAAACAUUUACAGAACAUUUAUGUUAGUAUUUUCUAACGAUUUUUGUGCUAAUUAUAGACAUUUGACAUUUUUGAGUUUUUUAAGUUUUUAAUUGGUUUUAUACUAUUGAAAUUAUUUUGGCUGAGCAGAGAUGCUUGGAAAUUCAACACAAGGUUAUAAGUUCAUAAGUUUUAUUUAGUGACAAAAAAUUCGUAAAGUAGUAUUUUUUUUAAAAAUUAUUUUAAGUUUAACUUUUUACGAAAAUCACAGUAUUUUAAACAUGUUUUUUUACCGAAUACUUCACUUAGAAUCAUAUUUCGUUAGCAAUGAUUUAUCGUUGCAUACAAAUAUAAAUAAAAUAAAAAUCAUCUUUCCAACUUUCCACCUAAAACAGUGGAAUAUACUCGUUAGCAGUAUCAGCUCUUUUUUUUUCACGUAAGUACACAAUGGUUAAGCCAGGGUUCUGGAUAUUUAUACAUUUUUUGUUUGAAGGAAAAUAGACAUGACGUUAACUAAAAUAAAUGUUUGGAAAAAAAUGAAGUUGUUUUUUAUUUGAAGAAGAAGAAAAUGUACAGGAGAGAAAAACGGUAUAUCGUUUAAUGGAUGAAAAUGUUUUCACUCAAAGUACUCUUAGUCUGAAUCCUCGGUCAUAAGAUAUUCAUGAACGUUGGUCCAAAAUAAGGAUAAAUAGAUACUCAACCACCUAAACUAUAAAAUAUACAUACUAUAAUGUAUUAAUUUAAAUUUUAAACGAUGUUAAUUAUAAUAAAAUAUAUAAUCGGUCCCUUAAGUCCUUAUAUAUUAGUGAAUUAUUAACAUGUUAAACGUCUAUAAAUUAUAAUUUAAACUCGAGAAAUGUUUCAAUCGUGUUUAUAUACGGUUUUUUUUUUUUUUUUUCAUAGAAGCGUGCGUAAUUGUCAGUAGGUACAUAUAUUUCAACGUUUUAAACGCCCGCCCGAGAACUCCCGGUUUAUUUUGAUUGUCGUCAUUUGUUGAUCGUUGACUUUGCAAUAUAGAAACCCAUUAUACUAUCGUCCAAGUGUUAACAACACGACUAGUCCAAAUUGUAUAUUUUAUGCGCGUCCGGCACGCGAUACCUUCUAUUUUUUAUUAUUUACUCACCGUUCUGAUAAAAUACACUUACUAUAUAGGUACUCAUGAAUUACGCCGGCGGACAUCACGAAUAUCCGUUGAUUUCAUAGUUUCGUAAUAAAAAAUAAUAAUAAUGAAGUGAUAACGCUGCGGGCGGAAGUCAGGAGAAAUAGAACUUAUAAAAAAAAAAUCCGGUUUAUUCGGAACAAUUUAUUCAAUAGUCAAGCGACCAUUUCUUAUAUCAAACUUUUAAAACCUAUACACAAUAAUAAUGAUAAAGAAAUUAUUUGAAGGUGAUGCACCCACUUUUGCUAUCAUUCAAAAUUGUUUUUCUUUAUAAAAAUUGUACAUUUUGUGAUGGUCUUACAACAAAAUAAUUUUUAAAACAAAUUGAACUUUAUUUUUUCAGUUUUCUAUUUUAAUGUAACAAAAUAUAAUAUUCCAGUUAUUAUAUACUACGAAUUAAUAAACAAAUAUUAUAACAAUGACCACUUGAAAAUGUGUAAAAAAAAAUAAUCAUUAGCCUAAAUUAAAUUAUAAAAUCAAUAAUCAAUAAUAUUAGUUUCAAUAUAGUUUAAUAUUUCAAUAAUCAAUGAUACUAAAGAGGAAAAGAAGAGAGUUCAGAAGGAGCAUCUUACAUAUGAUAUUUUUAUUUAAUAAUUGAAAGUUUUUGUAACAAAUCUUAAUAUUUCUUAAUAAUCAGUUUGUUAUUAAUGACUAUCAAACGUGUUCAUUUCCAAUUCAUUAUUUAUUUACAAAAUUGUUAAUUGCAUAGCGACUAAAAUAUAUAAAAAGAAAACUAAUCUAAAGUUUUCUUAAAAUCUAAAGAGUUUUAAAAAUGUUUGGGAAACUUAUAAAAAAGUAAUUUACAGUUAAUUUGUCUAGCCAAUUAUAAUCGAAGACUCUUGUUUAAAAACUGGCGAUGAUUUCAAAACAUCUAAGGCAUUUAAGUUAAAUACAUUUGAGAGUAUUAUUGUAUCCGAUUUACUUAUAAUUUAAAACUAAUAAGAUGACCAACUGAAAAGUUCUUGAAUUCCUUUAAUCUAAUAUAAAUCAUCCAAAACUACAAAAUAAAAAAAAUGUUUCAUCAGCGUUAAAGUGUACUGUUUAUUGCUGCCGUCCACUUUAUUUGAUACUCUUCUUUUUUCUUUACAUUUCUUUACAUACAAAAUAUUGUCCUAAAGGACCUAGCCGAAAAGUGACCCCGGUCUAAGGCCAUUGCUACAGCCCUCAUCAGUUGUGUGCCCGUGGCGUUUGCUCAUUCGGUAUUUACGCCACUGAACGGAACGUUACCAUCGUAUUCACGUGUAAAAGUACUUUCAUCAGCCAGUAACGUGCAGUUUACGAAUCUUUUAGUAGAUUCAAGUAUCGGAUUGCUUGCCCGGCGGACGAAAAUGUGUUGUAUGAAAAACGGUAAAAAAAUUAAGCCCUUGAAACGGGUGUGUUUUCGCCGCUUCUUUUUGGGGCUAAACCUGUUUCUCGACUCGAAUGCCGGUUCGAUCGAACGAUUUAUGUAAAGAUUUAUUGUAAGAUUUAUGUAAGUGCAAUAUUCGACCAUACCGGCGGCGGGUGAGUCGGCGAACAGGGCCGGAUUUGGGGUUUAUGGGGGCCCGGGGCUAAAAGCCAACAAGCAAAAGAUUCGUAUGAAAAAAAUGUCAUCAACAAAUACACACGUCGUGUGGCCCCGUUAAACUUGCGGCCCGGGGGAUACAGCCCCCGAGUCCUCCUGAGCCUCCCUUGAUCCAGCCCUGCCGACGAAUCUCGGCAUAGAUCGCGGGGCGGCGUACCUAAAUCGUAUCGACGGACGACGAAAAAAAAAAAAAAUAGUUCCGAUUGUUAUGGAUUAGCCGGCGGCAGCUCUCUAUGUUCGUUUGUUCUAUGGCUCUCGCGGCGGCGCGUAUACAACACGCGUUCGGUAGAUAGUAGGCAGUUAGGAAGGUACCUGUAAGGAAUGGAAAAGAAAACGAAACAAAAACAAUAAAAAAAAAAAAAAAAAAACAAUGUACACCUAAUGCCGGCGUAUAAUAUUUCAUUAUAUACAUUGCGCGCGUUAUGAUAUUUUAUUAUUUUCCGUCUUACAACACACACACACACACACACACACACAAGACAAUGGCGUUAAAAGUACGGAAAAAAAAAAAAUUUAACAAUAAUAAUGAAAAUAAAUAACCCGUCGCCUCGACCGGGCGGCGGCGGCGUGCAAUGUGAACAUAGAUGUAUGUCGCCGCCGCCGCCACCGCCGCCGCCGCGGUUUUCGCCCGACAUCUGUUUAUUGUGCGGCUAUAGUUUAGUUUGCGUUUUUGCGUGCGUCCGUCCACACGUCCGUGAUAACGAGAGAAAAUAAAAAUUAAAAAUUCUUGUAACAUUUUUUUUCCCUUCUCUUAUCUGUAUCCGCGCGCGCGUACGACAGAUAACCGUACCGCGGUGAAAAAUAACAUAAAUAAGUAAUAAUAAUAUCGUAACACGUCCUACGCCGCGCCGUUCGUUUCUCCGUUUAACCCGUUAUCGAAAAAAAAUUAAUAUCGUAAUUACCGCGGGUAAAGAACACAGUUCCCGGUUGUUUUUUUCUAUUUUCAUUCUUCUUCCGCUUCGCAACGGUGUCGCAGUGCUGUACCCGAGUACCGAUUAUCGGUUGCGAACCACCUAUUCGACGCACGCGAGGAAUUUCUCGUCGUCAUCGGCAACUCCGACAGCGGUGCCGAUAAGCGAUUUCGGCUUAUGCGCGCCACCCAGUUCGCAGUUUUGUCGUCCGGUCCGGUCCGUCUGAUCGUAAUCUCUUAAUGGUUCGUUUCAAUAACAAAUUGUCAAUAGUUGUACGUUACCGUUGAACGCCGUUGCCGUCAAUACGUGCACGUCGUAGUAUACAUAACUAUUCGAUGUGGGUAGGUCUUUACUGCAGUGUCGUGUGUGUACUACCCGUGUUCGAAAUGCCCGUAAAGGACUUUUAAAGCCCGGGCAUCGCACAGGGCUUCUGGAACGAAACCGCCGCCGAAUGUUUAACCGUUGAUUUGGCUCAAGGCUGACAUUCAAUAACUACCCACAGACCCCGUGACUAAUGUUAUAUAUAUAUAUAUAUGUGUAUUAUUUCUUUCAUUGGUGUGUUGUAUAUUAACAAGUACCGAGGUCAUAUGGAUAAUUGCUGCAAACAUUAAAUAUUAACAACUAAAAUGUCUUAUAAUGUAUAAACACUAAUAACAUCAAGUAGGUAACCAUCUAGCGCACAAUAACCCGAAUAGUAUUUUACACUUUUAAAUGUGUUAUUGGGAGUAUUUUGCUAUUGAGUAAAAGAAGUACCCGUUCAAUUCAAAAACCGACAUCAAACUGUAUAGGUUAGAUACAUUUGUAUGAACGACUAAAAAUUAAUAAUAUUCCCCGAGCAGGAAGUCAUUAAAUUUAAAACUUGAUACUCUGGAGUUGUGAAAGUUUACAAUGAACCGACAAGCUAUAAUAUAUUUAUCAUUCUUAGAAAAACGAAUAGGUUACUAAUGGAAGUAGGUAUGUUGAUACUCUCCAAAUUGUCUUUAUUGUAAGUAAAUUUAAAUUAAAAAUAAUAUUGUCUGCCUACCUUCCUAUAUACUAUGUAUUUGCUAGAUAUUUAAUUUUAGAAUAUUUAUUUUAAUGAAUUCCUAAUUAAUUUUGAUUGGUAUAAAGUAAUUAAAAGUUAUGCGAAAUCUAUGAGUACCUAUAGCUACAAAAAUACAAAUAUUUAUGUGUAGUAGGUAUAGUUUUAAAAUUUAAAUAUUUAAAUUGUAUAUUAUAUAAUAAAUUAAUUACAAAUGUUUCUAACUGUAUUGACAUUUAAAUUACCUAAUAUUUAUAAAAAAAAUUAAUUUUCACCAAUCAUUUAAUUUAUAGGUAUUUACCUAGCUACUUACUUAACUAGGUACAUAUAUUUUUAUUGAGUAAAUAUUUAAUAUAAUUAAAACUAGUUGUAGUUUUUUAUUUUAAAAAAAUAAAUACCUAAUAGGUACAUAUUUUAACAUAGGUUGUCAAGGUAAUAAUAUAUAUUUUUAAAAAUUGAAACUGAAUUGUACAAUCAAUUAGUUAUAAAAUGCAAUUAUUUUAUUUUACUUUAUAUAAGUGUGAAAAAACUAAUUGUUAAAGAAUAAUAUUUCUGAUUUUUAUUUAUUCUUUAAAUUUUGAACACACAUUUGAUGUAUUUUUUGAAUUUGUUAAUCGUAUAAUUAUUGGCUCAAAAAUGAUAUCAAUUCAGUUUGCAACCUUUUUUUUAAAUAUUUUAUGUUUACAUGGAUGUUAAGUGUAGAAUGAUGCACUUUAUUAGUAUACAUUACUUGGUACAUAUCCAAUUUGGGUAUUAUUUAUGAAUCAGAUUAAAAAAAAAACUGACAUACUUUACAAGAUGGGUGGGUCACUGUUGUAGGUGAACAGUUAAGAAGGUAGAAUAUAAAGGGGAAUUUAAUAUAUAUCAGUACACUAUGAUUAAUCAUUGCUAACAAAAGUGAUCCUGAGCGGAAUUCAGUUAUACAAGUUUUGAAUGGCCGUAAUAUUUACGCUUUAUGUUAAAAAUAUUAUCCCCAAAGUUCGACUUAUAAUGAACUUCCUAUUAAAUUUUAAAAAUUUUACCACGUGUAGAAUAGGCAAAUAUAAAUUUUCUAUUUAAAUUUCAAAUUUACAAAUAUUUUUAAUUGAAUCAUAAAAAAAAAAAAUUGAUAAUGAUUUAGAAAAUCAAAAAAAAACUCGUUUAAAGUACCAAUUAGAUACAAUUUCCUUUCAGAAAAUGUACUCUACUUGUUACAUUGGAGCAAGAUUUUUAGUUGAAAAGUUGAUCGUAGAUAAUACAAAUAAACAUCAUUGUAAAACUAAUACAUUCCUCGCUUCACUUAGAAUCUAAAAUACUUAAUUUUACUAUCCAAUUUAUAUUAUCAUUUAACUCUAUUAUCUAACAAAAUUCUUAUAGAUUAGGAGAGAAUUAUAUUUUUAUUUGUUGGUGUUAAUCAAUAAUCAUAUUAUGGUAAAUUUUGUAUUUAUUUAUAAAAGUAAUCUAUAUGAAUGUAUACUAUUAUACUUAUUACUUACACCUUUAUUAUUAUACAUAUUAUUUAUUUUAUGUCUUGGUAUGUUAUGUAAGUACUUAUUAAUUUUUAACAAAAUUUGAAUAUUUGAAUGGAGAAAGAUCAUUUAAAGGAUAAAUUCCCUGUCGAUAUUUUACGUUUAAUUUGUAAACAAUUUAUCCUAAUUUUUAACUAUCUACUUAAGAAAAAAUCACCAUAUUAGAAUUAUGUAAAGUAAAAUUGUAGUAAUUUAAAUAACUACCCUGAUAAAGUGAUAACUACCUGUCUGCUGUUAUACAUUUGAAAAAACUUUAUCUUGAUAUAAUAUUAGGUUCAGUGUAUUAAAAUAUGAGUAUAAAAUCUGUGUUUAAACGUAGGUCUUUGUGUGUGUAUUUCUGUCACCCUGUUGCAAGUCUGGCAACUGGCAAGCAUCUGUUUUUGUUCACUAAAUUUAAACAUAUACUGUUGCCAACCAUUGGCCUUAUACUUAUAGAGUCCCAAAUUCAAUAUAUUAAAAAUUAGUUCAUGUUCUAAUCUUUUCGUGAUUCUUUGUUAUAUGAAUUUUCUUUUUAAAAUAUUUUAUGGUUUUUUUUACAGAUUCUAUAUUAGGGUUAUCUUCCACCACAUAUUGCAGUGUCCUCCAAAAAUCAGCCAUGGUUGAGGUAUUCACUGCUAAUCAAGGAGACUGCAAUUCAAACAAUUUGGAAGUGCUGGAUGCUACAUUAAGUUCAUACAGGAGCAAUGCAUCAUCUCAAGAUAAUGCAGAUUUCUUCCAAGACUAUUCAGAUUAUCAAUGGUUUGCUGACUAUAGGUAAACAAUAAUGUCCAAAUCCUACAGUCUCUAUAUAAUUAUAUUUUGGUGGUAAUAAUUUUUAUUCUGUUAGGUACCGUGAUUCAGAUAAUUUCAACCAUCACACGAGUAUUUUGUCAUCUAUAUCUGAAAAUUAUAAUAUCCCAUGUUAUGAAGAUGUUUCUAGAGAUUUAGAUGUUAACUUGGCUCAAGUAGACAUGGAAAAUCUUAAAACAGAAGAUAUACAUAAUAUACUCAGCACAUUGCCAUCAAUGUGUGGUCAAGACUUACAAGUAUGUAUUCAAUCAAGAAUCAUGAUCUAUUAUUAUUAAUUAGUCAAUUUUAUUUCAGAAUGUAUCAACUGAAUCAUUUUGUAAAAAUAAACAGCUAUUCUCUCCUGUUAAAGAACAAUCUCCAAAUCCAUUUAUUACAUUUAGUACAGAUUCGUUAGACUGUAGUGAUGAUAUGUUAAUCACUUGUAAAGCGAAUAAUAAACAUAACUACACAAUUGCUUUUGAAGAACCAACCAUGGGUGUUUCCGAAGAAUUUCAAAAUAGUGAAGCUAUGAGCACAGGAGAGAGUCGAAAUACUGGUUCAGGUGAAGCAUGGUCUAGUGAUGGAAGUGUUCCUGUCAAUGCACCUAUGGUAUGUUCAGAUACCACCUUUACCACAUGGAAUAAAUUAAAAAAAUGUUCCACUUCUGCAACCACAAAUUGCACUCAACAACCCAAAGAGGUAUUCAUUUUAGUUUUUAAUUUAAAUAUUAAUAUGAUUUAUUGAAUAAUAUAAUUUGCACACAAAUUAUUAAAUUUUUAAAAGUUAUGAUAAAAAUAUUUACAUAUCUGUAUAAAAUCACCAUAACAAAAUCUAGUAGUAUUAAAAUGUUUCACAAAAUAAUUUUGUAUUAUAUACAUAUUCUGGAACACAAACAAAUUAUUAUAUUUGAAAAAAAAAAGUGAUAUUAGCUUUUAUUACAUAAUAAACAAUGAACUUUUUUAUAAUGUCUUACUUAACAAAGUAUGAAUAUAAAAGUUAAAUUUGAUACUAUUUAAAAUGUUGUUCUAUUUUACAGAAUUAAUAAAACUUUUUACAAUACAUAUUAAUUUUAGUUUUAAUUGCUUCUUCUCUACUGUUCAUGAUUAUUUAAUUAAUUAUCUAAAACUUUUUACUUAAAUGUAUUACUUUUGUUUUUGUAAUUAAAGCACACAAGUUUAUCCUCAAGUGUUAAUGAAAAGACCCAAAGUUUACCUGAUCUCAUUCCAUUAAGGUUGUUGUGGCUAAAGCAGAAGAAAAGUCACUAUAAUUAUCUAGUCAAAUCUACACAGUCUGAAGGAGGAAAUGGUAAUAUAUAAAUUUGAAUUAAAUUGUUAGUCCUUAUUACAAUGUAUUAUAAUGUUUAGAAGGAAGAGCUAAGCUGUAUGAUGUAUCUAGUUCGAAAGAUCAAACAGUUAGUGGUAGUGGUAAAUUCAGUCUUGUAAAAAUGUUUAUUAGUCAAAAGAAAAACCGCCAGUCAGAUGGAAGCCUAAUAAUUAGUGAUAAUGAUGUUGCUGAAGUAACAGAACCUAGUAAAAAUGAAUUGGAGGAUAGUCUAAUGUGUAUGAAUGAAAAAAUUGAAAACUCAAAACGAAUCAGUAAUAAUAAUGGAUCCAACAAUUCAUCUAUUAUACCUAGCAAGCAUUUAUGGAAGGGUUCAAGUUUAAAUAAGAGCAUGCAGACUUCAUCAUUAGAUGGAAUCAGUAAUACAAAAUCAGAUGCCAAGGUUUGCACUAAUAUAAUCUGUUAUUUAAAUAUUUAUUAUAAACAUUUAAUUUUUUUAUUUUAGUGUAAAAAUAGUCCAGUUUAUGUGAUGUUUCCAAGCUAUACAUUGCCAGAUCUCUCAUUUCUACAAAAUCCUAAAGCUGCUUUGGAUAUAAAUAAUGUAUUCCUUGUUCCUCAAAAAUUUUCACCUAUGCCAUCUCCUGAGGUUGAACACAUAAAACUACCGAACACUACACCAGUUCAUGAAACAUUAGAAGAAAAAUCAUUUGAUUUAAAAUCAAUCUGUGCUAAGGGAUUUGACCAUGUUAGUGAUUGGGAUUCACUAUCUUUGUUGCUGCCCCGUAAUGUGUCUAUAGCCUUAUCCAAGACUCCUGAACUUAAAGAUCGUUUUAAACAGCUUAAUUUUAAUAUCAAAGAACCGUCAUUUUGCCAAAUUUCGUGUAAACCCACAGAGAAAAAUGAUAACAUGUUCAUUUAUCAAUAUGACGAUUUGAGUCAAAAUCAGAAACCACCUGCAGGUCGAGUAAAUUCAAAGAUUCCCAUUAAAAAUGAACAGAAAAGACCUAUAAAUGAUGUGCCAAAAAGGUAAAUACCAUUUAAAUACAAUUCUUUUAUUUUCAUUGCUUCAGUAUAAUUUACCUUGUUUAAUAUCUAGGUUUAGUAUGUAUGAUAUGAAGUCUGAAUCGUUUCAAGAACAACAAAACAAGAGACGUUCUCUUCCAUCACAAUUAACCAUAAUCCCUAAUAUCACUCCUAUUGUAAGUAUUAAUUACCUAUCAAUUUAUUUAAAUUACGACAAACAAAGCUGAGCCAGUGUCAUAAUAAUAUUAUUGUUAACCAUUAUCAAUAUCAUGAUAUUUCUGAACUUUUUAAAAUCGAGGCACUUCUCUAAUCUUCGCUAAAACAUUAAAUGUACAAUGCUUAUUAAUAUCAAUAAAUACAACAAUAAAAAAUAAAUUUUAUUUUAUAAUCAGAACCAAAGGAAUAUUAUGAAUUAUUUGAUGAAAGGCAUAAUUUAUCAUUACUAAUAUUAUUUUUUUUAUUUUUUAUUUUAUUAUAAAAAUGGCGAAUUUUGUUUGGUGUAAUUGUAAUAUUAUGAUAUAUUUUUUAUAAUUGAUGGAUAAUUAUUUUAACUGUAUGUCCAACAAAACUUUCCAUCUAUAUUUUCCACAAAUAUUUAAGUAUAAUCAAAUUCUGAACACAAUACUCUAUUAUAAAUUCUAAAAUAUUAAUACAAUUAUAUAUUUGUAUAAGGUUGGUUCUGAUGUUGGUACAUCAGAAGAUGAAGGAGUAGAAUGUUCAGGCAGUAACUGUGAUAGUCCAAAUCCUUCUGUUGAUGAAGCUAAACGUUUAGAUUCUUUAUUACGACAAAAUAAACAGUCCCGUGUUAAUUUAAAAACACAGGUUAAUAAGUAUUUAAACCGUGCUAGUGGUCAUCAUACGCCACCAAAUUCACCAAAUCAAGUUACUAUUCAGGUACAGCUAUUUUUUCUGAACAUAUCAAUUUAAAAUAUGAUUAUUAAAUACAUAAUUUUGUGUAUUUAUUUUUUAUAUGCAGGCAAAAAGAGGAGUUGAUAAUGUUGAUAGAUUUGAAGGAUGUGAAAUAAAUAAUUUAACUGACUCUAUCACUCACAAAAAAGGUGAGGUCUAUUUUAAUUUCUUUACGAAGAUUUUCUAUCCCAUUGGUCUUUUGUUAACAAUUACUAUUUUUUUAGAUCUAGUCAGAAAUUGUUGUUUUGGUGCUGAGAAAAUUGCAUUCUGUCUCGAUAAUGAUUAUACAGAAGAUUUGCAUUCUGUUGUUUUGGAUGUACUCUGUCCAGCUUUAUAUGCAUUAUUCAGUGAAAACCUUAAAUCUGUUUUGGAAACAUCUUUUGGCUCAGUUAAUAAUUCUGUAUGGCUAGUGAUUGAAGCUGCUUCUCAACAAGGUUAGUUAAUUUUUUUAAAUAUUUUCUUUGCAUUUACUAAAUUAUUAUUAACUAUUAUAGUUAAAUAAUUAUAGUAACAAUUUAAACCAUAAUUACAUUCAGUAGGGUAUGAUUCUGUAAAUAAGAGGCAGGACCCAUUUGGACCAGAAUUUUUCUUAUAUUAGUUUAACUGAACAUUUAUUUAGCAAGCCUUUAUAUAGUAGUAUUUUAUCUGUGUUGUCAUAUCGUUAUUAAAACCUUGAUACACAGAUAUCUAUUAUAUAAAGAUAAUAGAUAUAGGUAUAUAUUUAAUAAAACUGGAUUUUUGGUAUGUUUUAAAACUAAAUUGAUACACAGAAAUUGUAUAUAAACCUAAAUAAUUUACUUAUUACUUAAUUUAAAAAUUAGUUUUUGUAGUUUAACUGAAUGUUUAUUUAGUUAACCUUUAUAGAAAUUUAAAAGUAUUAAUACAAACGGGUUGCAGUUUUAUUAGUGGCCCAAACAUGCUAAGCCCGUAAAUAAGAGUUCAACUGUAUUAAUUACCUACUGAUAAUAUAAAAUAUAAAAAUCAUGUAGGUAGUACCAGUUAUUUUAUAUAUGGCUCUUGUUAAAAAUAUUUUUCUAGAGAUACCAGAAAUUGUCCUCAAUCCAAACCAUAAUGUAAAAAUGUGUAUUGGAAAAAUUAUGUUUAUGUUAAUAAAUUGAAAACUAUUAAAUUAAAAGGUAUUGAAUCUAAUUCUUUUUGCAAAAUUUAGUUUCUUACUAUAUAUAUAAAAUUAUUUAAAAAAUAUAAACCGAGUGUAUAAAAUGUAUACCCUACAUUAUAAAACAUAAUAUAAACUAUUAAAAACUGUAUAUCAUAAUAUAACUCCUAUGAAUUAUUUUACGCAUUUAUUAGUGCUCCUUUUUUUGGUGUCUGACGAGCUGAUACUUCUGACAGUAUGUUUUGUCACACUUGUCACAUGCGAAUCUCUUGAUGUCAAUAUGCGUGAGUUUAUGCGUAUUUAAGUUGCCGAUCUGUGAGAACUUAUGGUGACAGACAUUGCAAGCAUACGGCGUGUCUCCUGAGUGGAUCCGUUUAUGUGUGCGGAGGUUGCCCACUUGGGCAAAUGCUUUUUCACAUAUCUCACAAACAAAUGGUUUCUCACCCGUGUGCACUCGUUCAUGGUUUACCCGGUUGCUGAUAUGACGAAACCGCUUGCAGCAAAUUGGGCAUUUCCUCUGGUCGGCUUCUAGGUGCUGAAUUAAAAACUCCUUUGUUGGGAACGUUCCUGAACACUUUGCACACUCGUAGUCACUGACCAGUAGGUCCCCAACUCCAUCAACAUCAAUUUCUUUCCUGUAAAUAUUAAAACAUAUUUUCAACACUGUGAUUUAAAGUUUAUCUUUCCUAUCUAAUAUUCAAUAGAAUUAUGAAACGAUAAAUAUUAUAUGAUUUCAAACGAAUCAUAUAUUUUAAUUUUGUAUCGUUAAAUAAACAAUUAAUUAAAAAUUUGACUUUUUCUCAUUUUAAAAUUUAAACAAAAAUUCAAAACUAUAUAAUAGUUUUCAAAAUAGUCCAGUUAUGUGUCAUUUAAAACGAAUUUCAUGGUUUCAAUUAGAUUUUUAGUACAAACUAAAUUGUUCAUCAUAUCAGGAAAUACAACAUUUUAAAUGCAUUUAAUUUAAAUACUGUGUUUGUGCUCGAGUAUAAUAAUACAGCCAACGUCUUCAAGUUCAAUGCAAUAUUUUGUUUGUUUAAAUCUAUUCAUUUAAAUUGCAUGUAAGCAUACUGUUCAUGAUAAUUUUAAAAUAUUAAUUGUGUAUAUCCCACUAAGGAGCCUGUAUGAAUAUAGCUUUUACUCAUAAGUUUAAAAAAUAAUAAUACAAAAUAUACGAGCUAUGACAUUUAUAUACUCAUAUAAGAGUAAUGAACGUGACAUAACUUCAAUUCAACUAUUUUACCUACCUAGUUGCAAAAAAAUAAUCAUAUCCUUAUUUAAAACCGAUAAUAAGUCAACCAUAUUUUAACCUAUAAUAUAUUUAGAGGAAGCCCUAUCUGCUGUCUCCGUCUUACCAAACACAAUACAUAGCAAAUUUGCGUUCAUCAGAACAAAUUGUCUGCCGUUUAUUUUAAUAUUAAAACGAAUUGACCUAUUACUAAAUUUAAAGGUAAGAAGAAGAAUCUGUACCCUAACGUUGAUGGUUUUAUGUAUUAAUUUUUAAAUUGUGAUAUUUCACAUACUCGUGGUAUUAAAAAGCGAAGUUUUAAAGCCAAUGGCGUUCUUAUCAGCUGUGUUAUAUGAUAUCAAAUCAAUUUAAUCUAUUAAAUAUAAGUUUUUAAUCCGUAUUAUUAAACACAUUUCUCAAACAAUCGUUUAAAAUAAUAUAUAUUUUAGUAUUAUAUCGGAAUUACAAUAUUAUUACGCAGGAUUAAUAUACUAUAAUACAUUUUAUAUAAUAUAUAGGUAGACAGCCUCUUAACACACUUUCCUUUUUUUUUUUCGUACAUAAUCGACACGGUACUUCAUACCAAUAAAUGUGUAAUAUUGCGGCAAUAUUGUUAAGCUCUAGUUAAAUAAAUAAAAACAUUUUUUUAUUUUUAUUUGGGAAUCGAUCGAGAAGAUUAAAAUAUAGGGAUACUUGGGUGAGCGCGUAUUUUAAAAGAAAUUGGGGAACGAACCUUUAUAAAUAGUCAAGUACAAAAUAGGCACAUCUUCAAAUUGAAUUAAUAUAUUUUAUAGGAUGAUUGUAGAAACUUCUAGAUGAUACCUAACAUUAACACAUUAAUUAUUAACAUGAAAUGUUCAAUUAUUUAGUAAGUAUACACUUAUUUUGUAUUUUUGAACAAUUUUAAAAUUAAAACAUUAAGUAAUUCAUAUAGUUAAUACGCGUAGUGUUCGGGGACUUAGGAAAACUACUUAGAAUACACAUUGGUAACAUACCUACGAUAUUUGUUUAUGAAGUACAAUUUAUUUUAAAACAGAGGCGGACGUAGAAAAUUAUUAAAUCAAGAUGGGUGGAAAAAAUAAGAAUUAAUGCCGCUAGUUUUUCUAAUGAUUUAUUUGUUAUAUUUUUAUUAAUUCUACUUUUCGAAGUGAUUAAUACGGUCAUUUUUUUGAAAAGGGGGUUGAACUCCCUUCCCUAAUUCUACAAUUGUAUUAGUUAUAUUUAAUAUCUUUACACGUUAAUUUUCAGAAUUUGUCCCCAAAACUGUGCAGUCUGUUAUCAACAUUAUAAUUCGUAAUUUAUCAGAUAACAUUAUAUGUUGAAAACAUGCAGUGGUUUCUUCGUCGUUGUGCAUUUUUGAGUUGUAAACGUGUUGUUAUUUUAUUAUAAUUUUUAAGUAUGGUACGGGUAUGAUAAUUUAAAGUCGAAUGUGUACAUUUCGAAUAGUUUGCGGGAAAGCGAUAAUACUAUAGGAAUAUAUCGGCUAUUCAAUAUAUCCGGCCGAGUCUUAUGGCUAAUCGGAAAAAGUCUACAAUCGAAAGCGAAAAUGUAGAAUUUCAUAAUUGAUGGAAUCGGGAGACGUCUUAAUUACCCUCAUAACACCUUAUUAUACGGUAUGUAAUAUAGGAGCCUAUGUGCUCAGGUCUUUGGAGGGGGGAAUACCAACGAAAUGUGUGUUCGGAAAAACGAUUUUCAUUUGCAAUGGCCGUUAUACGAGUUAUUUUGAAAGAGGAUAACGAAUAGUAGAAAAGAAAAAAAUAAUCGAACGCGAUCAAAUUCUCUUAUAGUAAACCGCGGUAAUAUUUCGGUUGUGGGUCAAUCGCACAAUAGAACGUAAUAACAUUAUGUAGGAAAAUGCAUUUUCCUCGGUCAUGUCGUGCGUUUGUGUUUCGCGUAGCGCAUAGGUAGACAUCGGAAAUUAAUAAUUUGUACGGCAGGUGGUUUUUUUUAAUUUUAUUAUUAUUAUUUUUUUUUUUUCUAUUCGUCGGCAAUGCGAAAAAUAACGUCUUAUUUGACGUGAAAAUUUGUUUUAACGAGACUUACUGACUGACGUCGGUCAUCUCUUUCGCGUCCAAAUGAUUGCGUAGUAACUUAAUAACGUAUAUUAUUAUGACGCAUAACUUUUUCCGGCUUUUACUGGCCUUUUUUUUCGUCCGCAAUAAUAUUGAAGUGCAAAAAAAAAAAAAAUACAAAUAAAAAUUUAAACUGUCCAAACGUCGAUUGUCACGAGAUUGUUGCGCCGGAUGCCGGUCGUCGUCAACGAUCGCUAGGUAUAACAUCAAUAACAUCAAUAUUUAUUAUGUUGUCUUCUUCUCCACCGACGACGACCACGACGUGUGGAGACCGGGGAGAAAAUCGCCGGACCAAUUAAAUAUUAUUUGGCCACGCCCAUCUGUUUAGAAUAUUAUUUAUUUAUUUCUAUCUGGAAAUGUCGACUUUGUCCUGUGUGUAUAACCUACCUAUCUAUCUAACAGUAAUCUUAUAUUGUUUAAAGGCUUAUACCGUCGGUUGUUUACUAUAUAUUUUGCUGCGUUCGUCGAGGUGUUUCUUUCAUCGCGAUGUAUUAAUCGAUUUAUCAUAAUCUCCCUUACUGUAUGCUACUUCUCCGGUCCAGUGACGGAUCUAGAUGGGAACAAUUGGCUUUUGGCCGUUUUUUCAGAUUGAUUUCCAUUAUAAAUGUGUGCGUUAUAUUAUGAAUUUUCAAAAUACCGUUUGCAAUACAAAUAUACAAACGAUUUAAUUUCAAACGGUUUUAACGUGAUAACGUGAUAACGUAGGUAGAUACUGAUAGUCAUUUGAAAAUCAAAAAUCCAUACCCGUUUACUUGUGGCAUAAAUAUUACACAUAAUUUGAGAAUAGUGUUAAAAUGAAGCUUAAAUAAUUCGUUAACGAAAACUAUGACAUCAAAUUUACUUGAAAUCCUCCGGUAAAAUCGCUGUUGAGUAAAAGUAAUCGCUCUGUAUAAUCGAAAGUGAUUUAAAUAAUAUUAAUAUGCGCGCACGCGACAAUAAUAAAUAAACUAUUUUAUAGAUUCUAAGAAUAGUGAGAAAUGCAUUUUUUUUAACAAUAAAAUAGAUAUUGAACAAUUGAUCAGCGGAAAAGUAUUUUCUACCAAGGUACUCCUUAAAAGAUUAAAAAUAUUCUUCAAAUUUUACAUAAUCGGAAAACAAUUGGAAACCUGUUUUCAAACUUUCUUAUACCUGCUCUUUCGACUUUUCUUUACCAAAUAGUUAAAAAAUAAAUAUUUUACACGUAUUAUUACAAUAUCUAGUUUUAAAAAUACAUCUGUAUUGUCUUACACAUCCAACUACCCAUCCACCUAAAUUUUGUUUGCUGAAUUAUGUACAGGCCCAGAUUAAGGAGGCAGGGGAGCUGUGCCCUCGGAGCUCAUUGAAUAAAAUGUUUCAGUUAGAGAACUUUUUUUUUUUGCUUAUUUGUUCCAUUUUAAUAUAAUAGAGCCCCUUAUUAAUAUGGGCCCCACACAUCCUAAUUGUGUGAUAACCUCUAUACGGUUAUUUGAUCAUUUUGUUGAAACCAUUUCACAAUGUAUGUUUGUAUGUAUAUUAUUUAAUCAUUUUUAAUAAUUAUUGUAUCUAUCGGGGAGUGCUGAGAGUGUAAUAAUUGUCGAAAAAACGUUAUUACAAAUAUCCUGAAAUUAUAUUGUCCUACUAAUAUAGGCCAGUUGGUCAAUUAGCUAUAGUUAUAGUAAUAAUUUAUUCAAAUUGAGUGGCUUUUUUUUGAAAAACAAUGUAAUAAUAUUACUGUAGUUACUGUAGAUACUCCUUAAUAGAAUAUAAUUGCCAUGACUUAAGUUCCUGUUUGUCUAACUUCUAUUGUUAGCUGUAAUGUAAGUUUAUAUCACUAAUCUGAUAUAUCCUGCACUCUGCAGUCAUAACAUUUUUCAUCCAUGUGGACAGUUGAUUACCAAAAGUAAAAACCGUACAUUUUUUUUAAAUAUUACUAAAAAUAAUUAUGUAUGAAUAAAAUAUCUUUGGCAAAAUAAAUGAAUUCUAGUGUAACGGCGGGACUAUAGAGGGCAUAAAAACACUCUGGGAGGUUAGGAUGACGCUACACCUGCAUUCACUCUCACCGUAUUAAAAACGCACGACAUAGCAAAUUUGCGUUUAGUAGGACAAUGUUGUACCGUUAAUUUUAAUAUAAGAUUAAAUUAUAACCUAUUACCAAACUGAAAGGUAAGAACGCCAAGUUUAGGUUCAGAAAACUGAAAUGUAAGAUCAAUGAUCUGUGCUCCUACGUCUGUGUUUUUGUCGAUUUUUAAAUUUUUAAUUGAAAUACAAGCAUUUUUAUAUUAUUAUUGUAUUUCUUAAACUCGUAUCUCACUUGAAAAUAAAAAUAUCCACUAUCGAUAAAGUAUAAAAACUAACGGCACCAAAUUUGUCCUAUUGAACUCAGAUUUGUUUUGGGUGUGCGUUUGUUUGACGGAUACAAUAAAAUAUGUAUGUGUACCAUCCUCUUAAACCCCCUCAUUUUAGGCAACAUAUUAAUGUAAAUAUCACAGUUUAUUUCAAAAUGUCUACAUACAUCUAAAGUUCAAAGUUAAAAUAUAUCAAGAAAAAAAAAACGACGUACACAGCCGAUAAUAUUAAUGACGUUAAUGGGCUGUGGGAGCCGGUUUUCCAAAUUUUCUCCAAUUUCAAAAUUAUUUUUAACAUUCGAAUAACCACCGUCUCAAAGAUAAGACUUUUCCACAAAACUACCCUGAUACCCAUUUAUCGGAGGAAGGGUAGGCCGUUUUUAAAUAUGAAAAUAACUUCGCGGGUAAACCGGACGCAUAGUAAAACAGCUCAUAUUUCAAUAAUAUGUAUACAUAUAUACAUUUUAGAUUCGAAACAUAGCGAGGGAAAAUUAAUGUGAUCUACAAAGUAUUCUUCUCUUGAAAAAAACUAAUAAAUUAAAAAAAAUAAUAAUCUAUCUAUUCUACGAGUGUUGGCAUGUUUUUGUGUAUCUUUCAAUAUCAAUAAAACUUGAACAACACAAAAUUGGUUCUGCUGAAUUCAAAUUUUGCUACAUCCGUUAGACCGAGGACGGGUAGCUGUGACAUCUUCUUGAGUUAGUACAGUGUAACUCGAGUGGUUUCAAGAUUUAAUUUCACAAGUCCUCAAACUUUUGUAAAAUGAAAACCUGUUCCGAGCUAGUAUUUUCUGCGGUUCUUAGAAUAAUUCCAAAGAUUCUUUCAAUGAUAUUUCCUCGAUUUUAGACACUUUUCACUGUUGGUACGGGUAAUUUUUUCUUUUUGCUUAGUAUAGGUUACGAAGGUCCUUCGCCAUCCCACUCUUCUCUGUCCUUCAGAUCCUUAUGCACAAAGUCACUCCACCGUAGUCUUGCAUGUUCCGAGGGUGUUUUCCUUAGUCUAGUUACUAGACUAGUAAUGGUGCUUCACGUGUUCCCUUCUGUGAGCCGAAUUUGUCUAAUUCAAAUCUUUUGAACAACUCGAAUAAAUUAUUAUAUUAUUUUGUGGUUAAUAAUAUAAUAUAAUAUUAAUAUUUAUUUUCAUGAGUAUUCGAGGUAGUAGAGUUGAUACAAAUAAUAUAAGUAUAUAUUUAAAGAUUUUCAAAGGUUCUAUAGGUGUUACCUUGGUGUUUAAUAAAAAUAAAAAAAACUCCGAAAUCGUUCAAUAUUUAUAAACUCGAUAGUACCUAUAUUAUUAUUGUUUUCAGUCUUACGAAUUACGAUCUCGUAAUUUUUUUUGUAAGACGACUCCUUCAAAAAUUGUUUAAUGUAACAGUAUACUAACUAUACAGUAUACAUGAUACUGAUGGUUUUUGGCGACCCUCCCCCCAACUAUCACUUAAUAGUUUUGCGAGUUGCAACUCCCAGGUUGAAAACCACUGUUGUGACUAAACCUACUCGGUCUGCGUGAGCCUAUAAUAAUUUAAUACUAAAUUGUUUUACUGGAGGCUAUACGUAUGCUUUUAUAUAUUGCACAAUAUUGUUUCGUUCUAUACGUAAAAAUAAAUUUCAUUAUAUUUAUUAGGUGGGUAUAUAAAAGUACCUAGUAUCAGAGAUUAAAUCUAUUAGAUUUAUUUUUAUUGUUGUAUUUAUUGUACCUGCUGUCAAUUUCCUAUCUGAUUAUUUUUGUAAUUGAUUAAUAUGAUAUUUUAUAUUAAUUUGUAACAAAAGAAUCGUAAAUAUUUAAAAUAUUAAUAAACAAUUUUAAAAUAGUAUAACCUAGUUGGUAUUUCUUAGUAGAUUAUACUUAUAUCCAAUACAUUACCAAUACAGAGUGUGCUAUGAAGGCACGUAAAUAUACCCAUUUUUUAUACAUGUGAUAAUAGGUUUAUCAUCGUAGGACACACUGUAUAUUAUUUUUUGUAAAUUAAUUGCGAUUUAUUACUACCUAUCUAUCAAACGAAAUGAAAACUUUAUUACAUUAUUUAAUAUUUUUGACAAGUUUAAUAAAUUGUACAUUUUCAAGGAGUAGGCAUGUAACAUAAUAAUAAAAGUGACAUGUCGCUGUCAAUAACAUAACGUAAUUUCCAAACUUUAUCUUAAUUUCCGAUAUUUAACUUGUUAAAUAAUAUUGCAAUUUUCGUUACUAAAUUUUAAUUAAAACAAAUUUAAAAAAGAAAAUGGAGCAGUUUUAUUCUUCAAGCAUGUGCGAUAGUAUAUUUUGUCGUUAUAUAUUUAAGCGUUUGAGUCCUACAGAAUGAAUUCGGAAAUUGUAUAAUGUAUGUGUGUAGUUAUCCGUCAUGGCAUUUAAAGUAAAAUCAUGAAUCAUGGUGGGUUGCAAACAUCUUGAAUAAUAUUUUUAAUUCAGUUGUGGUAUUAUGAAGUGUCCUUACUUCAUUAGUUCGUGGAUCAUUAAUAGGUCUAGUCAAUUGUUCUUUAGAAAUAAAUAGAAAAAUAUCAAAUAAAUUAAGAAAUAUAAGUAACCAGUUGACUGAUCUUUUUAUAUAGUCAAAUUCAAUUUAGCUCUUUUAUUAUACAUAAUUAUUACAUUGGUGUGAUCAAUGAUCAUAAUAUUGUAACAAAAAAAAAAAAACAAGAAAAUUAUACUUUUUUAAAAAUUACUCAUAGGGUAACGUAGCUAUUAAUUUGCAAUCAUGAUAAAAAUAGUGAGGGAACAUUUGUAUCCCUUACUUCCCCAUAGUAAAAUCUGUGUGACACGACAUAUUUUCUUUAUUUAAAUUGCAUCCCCUUUUGAUAAUAAUUCUUAGAUGAAUUGUUGUAUUGCUAGGAAUUAGAAUGGAGGGGCAGACCAACAAUGGGAGAUCGGAAGGUUAUCCAUUGGAGAUUUUAAGUAAAUUUGAAAUAGGCACUUUUAGAUAGGUAUUCUGUGUAGGUAAUUUCACAAAAUAUAAUAUAAUAUUUAUAUUUAUGUCAUACAACUUUUAACUUCUGUCAAUCCGUUUAAAAGGAUAUUCUACUUUUAAGUUCAACAUCAAAAUGUAUAUAAAUUAAAACUUUAUCUAUUUAUGGAAUUUUUAAUAUAAGUUACUAUUUGAUAAUUAAAAAUGAUAAGUGGUUUCAUAACCAAAAAUAAGAGUGACAAUAACAACAGUUAUAUAAUAUUUAAAGCUGUUUGUUUCUUAAAUAUUCUAAAAAAACUAAUUCCAAAAAAUGUUAAUCAUUGUGUGACUAAAAAGCUCAAAAAUUAAAUUUUGUAAAACAGAAAAAAAUCACUGCUGUUGGUAUAUUUCAAGAUUUGGUUAAUUGUGUAUGUAUAAUAAUAAAAGGGUAUAUUUUAAUAACAUGACAUAUGAAAUUAUUUCUAUAAAGAUUUAAAAUAAUACUUAGCAAAACCACUACAGGUCUACACUACUAUGUGAAAUGUUGAUAUUUUUGUUGAAAUCUAAUUUUGAACUUUUCCUUUCAGGUGUUCUGUCUUCAGCACUCAAUGAACUAACAGUCAAAAUCAACAAUGAGUUAGCACUCAACGAAGGUGUAAUGAAGUUUAAUGCAUUUAUUUUUGGCUUAUUAAAGUAAGGAAAAUUAAAUUACAAUGAUUGUAUCUUCAUUAUUGUAAUAAUUUUAAUAUUUUAUUAGUGUUGGAGGAUUGGAUGCUUGGCUAAGUUACAUGAGAACCCGAGAAUCUAUUUGGCAAAAGUAUUACAACCGAAAUGCAUUAUUCGUCCGCGCCAAUUUUGGAUGUACUUUGCACAGAGAUCUUUUAGAUCGAUUGAUUUCGUCUACUAAACCUUUGGCCAAGUAUAGACCUGAAUUUGAUCCUUUGUAUGAAUGUCGCAAACUUCACGAAAGCCUGUCCAACAUAAACGCAAGUGUUUUUAUAGAAUAUAAAAAUACAAAAUAUAUACUAAUAUACUUUGUUAAUAUAAUAAUUUAAUUUAACUUUAGAACCGAACAUCUUGGUUGUUAAAGAAAACUGCACGGACUUUAGAAAAUGAAUCUUCGAGGCCAAGGUCAUAUGUUGAUUCAGCAAAAACAGUAGAUGUUGCAAGUACGGCUAGUAAACGUUGGAGCGGUGUGCAGAUGGGUUCAAAAUUAGCUACAGCAUUUGAAAGACUAGAUAACAUUGACGAGAGAAUCCAGUUAGUUUAUAAAAUUGUACAUUAUGUUUAGAAAAUUAUACAUAUUCAAUUGAAAUGUAACAGGCCAGAAAUAGAAGCCGACACUGAAAAGUUGGUGCCAGUAAAGGGAAAUAGAUUUAGAAGACUGCAAAUGAAAUGGGAGUUGCUCAGUACUAAGGAUCUCACUGUUGAUACACCUAAUUUUGAUGGACCUCAAAGUGAUGCGUUUAGAGCUAGGUAUUAUUUAUGUAAAUCUAUUUAGCUGCAUUUUAAUUACUUAACUUUUAUUAUUGUAUGUAGGAGGGCAGCAACAAAAUCUCGUAUACCCCGGCCAGUUCUCUCACCAGUUCAACCAAUUCAAGAUACCUUUGUCAAACGUCCAAUGACCGCCACUUAUAGAGCUGAUUCACCUACUUCGCCAUCUAAUGCUAAUAAACCAGAAUUAACUUCCAAUAAGUAAAAACUGUUGUAUUGAGUUAAAGACGUACAAUUAUUUACACAUAAAUAUAUUUCAGAGUCAAAAAACCACCAGUAUCCGCACCCAAAGCAAUACGGCCCAGCAGUUUACCACAGAGAAGAUCAAAAGAACCUAUUCGUUAUGUGCGAACAUUGUCACAUCGGCUAUCUGCUGAUAAUGGACAUUUGUCAUUUAACGAGGGUGAAAAGCUACAACUUGUACUUGACGUUGAUGACAAGUGGAUACUCUGUUGUCGUGGUGCGCGUAAAGGUCUCGUGCCCAGGUCUUCCGUAUUGUUGGUGUCAAAGUAGAACCAGCAAUAGCACUGGGCACAUUCCGUAUUGAUAAUUUAUUAUUAAUAUUAAAUUUAUUUAAUUUAAUUUAUAUUUCUUACUUUAUAUACUAUAUAUAUAUAUAUAUUUUUUUUAAUGGUCUCAUUUUCCUUGUAUUUUGUGUUAAUUUCUGUAUAUUUAUAUAUAUAUUUCAAACUUACAUUGAUCAAUGAUUCAAUGCAAGAUUGUAAAAGUGUGUACAUAUGGUUUAUGUGCAAUUGUUGAUUUUGGCUUCGUUUUGCUUUUUUUUUUUAAAAAAAGUUAAAUACUUAUUUUUCUUUUUAAAUAAUAAAAUUUGUAUUUAACAGAAAAAUAAUAUCUGUUAAAAAGGUAUAUAGGUGCUUUUAUAAUAUAUAUUUUUGUGCAUUGAAAAAGUAAAUUUUUACUUGUAUCAAUCACAAAAAUAUUAAUAUUAUUGUUUAAACAGCCUUGCUUAAAAAAGAUUUUUAUCCCCAUACAUAAUAUUCUAAAAAUUAAAUCCGAUGUCCCAAUACUUCUGAAAACUAUCUGUAAAGAAAAAAAGAAGUUAUUAUAAUAAUACAAAUUAUAAAAAAAAAAAAACAUAUAUAUAUAUAUAUUUUUUUCUAUUAAAAUGUUGCAAUUAUUUUGGAAUUUAUUUUAUGAUUAUAGUAUACGCCGAAACUUUUUUUAUUUGAAACUUUUAAAAGCUUCAAAUAGAAAAAGUAUCAGCGUAUAUGGCCUACAUUGGAUGUCAUAUGAUAAUCUAUUUAUUAUACCCUUCCUAAUGUUUGAAAAUAAUUUACCUUUGCACUAAGCCUUAAGUAAAAUAGCUUGACUAAUACGCAUUGCUUUAUUAUAGGUAUAAUAAGAUUUAUAUUGUAAAUGAUUUUUUUUUUUUUUCAUUUUGGUUUUAUAGACUUAAAUCAUAGGUCCUUUAAGAUUUUAUUUUUGUUAUUCCUUUUGUUUAAUUAAACAAAUAAGACUGCUUUUAAACUCGGUAUUAUUAUUUUAUUUGUAUUUUGUCUUAUUUUUUUAUGUACCAUAAACUGAAAUGAAAUUAUCAGAAUACCAGUUCCAAUGUUAACUGCAAUAAAAUAUAUACGUAUUAUAUUAUAAAAUUAAAUUAUUAAUAACUUCAUCAUAUUUAAUUAAUAUUAUGUACAAUUAUUCUAACACACAUACAAUUUCUAUGUUUGUUAAAAUCAUGUAUGUUUAUCACAUUUAUUAUUUAAAGGUUGCUGGUGUGCCAUAACUAAAAACAAAGAAAUUAUUACUAAACUAUUAAUAACAUGUUGAGCAAAAUAUAUUUACAACAAUAUAAUAUGUACAUGUAUAUUUAAUGGAAUAUUGAAAAAAUAAUAAAAUACAAAUGAAACAAUACACAUUGUACUUAUUAGAAAAGAGAAAUGAAAAUGUAGCCAAUUUUUAAUGUUUGUUUUUCUUUUUAUUGCUGGUAUUUUAAGUAACCAAUGGAAAGUGAAUACUAAAAAGUUAUUGCAAUUACAAAUUUUAAUUAAAGUGUAUUUAUAUUAGAAA